GGGUUCUUAUGCGGGCGGCUGCGGCGGGGCUGGCGCUGCUCAGGCGGGGCUGACAGACCGGCUGCGGAAGAAACGAAACGCGGGGAUCCUGGGCAGGGAAAAGAGGCGGCCGCCCUUUGGGGAGGGGGGGGGGUGCCUUCCCAGCCCUUUCUUUUGCGCAGGCCGUUUGUAGGGCCAGGACAGUAGAACAUGGAGGGGCUUUGACAGGAGCUGCUGGGAGCACGAGAUCGAGGGCGGCGGGGAUCGCUUCAGUUUUUAUGCAGAUAAAUGAGAUCGAUAGAUAGGCAGAUAUAUGUAUUUAUGUACAGACCGAGAGAAAGAAAUCUCUGGUUUCGGAAGGGUUUUUUUUCCAACAAUUUUUUCAAUGUCUUCUUUAAAGCGGGGGCUAUUUUUCAGCACAGGGGGAUUUUCCCCCAGUACUUUAGUGACGUGAGGAAAUCCAUUCAAUAGAGUUGGACACCAGUCAUAAAAGGGGCUGCUUCUAGAUAUACAUAUACCGAAUCUUUUUUAAAAAAUAACUUUGACAAUUUCUAUUCCGUGAAGGGCGGUGGUUGUUCCCUCCCCCCCUUUUUUUUUGGUCCAGGACAGGUUUUUGUUAGUUAAAACCCUCCCCCACUUCUCCCCGCCCCCUGCCCCCCCCCCCAAAGAACCCAAAUACAUGAUUUUUCAGCCUCUUUUAGCAACGAGCAGGGAAGGUCUGGUUUCGCCAUCGCUGGGUACUUUGGGGGCGAAGCAAGCCAGGAAGGAAGAUUGGCUCCCCGCCCCCCCCCCAACAAAAUAAAAACUGGGCAGCAGCGAGGAGGGGGAGAAAAGAAGAAGAGCAGCCUUUGCAUUGACUGAAAGAGCCGGACUCUGCUGCAGAGAGGGAGAAAAAGGAAAGCGCCGAGCCAGCAGCAGCAGCAGAGGAGGCGUCGCCCUCGGUCCUUCUCGCCGCUCCGGACGCCGCUUCCCCGAGCAGCCGCCGCAGCUUGUCCGGGGAGGGCGAGUGCCGCCGGCGGGGCUGGCCGCGGGGAAGGCGAGGCUGGAGCGCCGGGCGAAGCGGGCGGCGCCGGCGGCCCCCACCCCCCGCUCUCCUCUUCUCUCCGCCCCGGCCGGCUUUAAACCCCGACCCGGACGAGGGAGUCGCCUGCUGCGUGUCACCCAGCGGCGGCCUCCCGCCUCUCCCUCAGCGGCGCCGCCGCCGCCUCGCGAGCUGAGCCGCCCCGAAGGCUCGCUUCGCCCUUUCUCCUCACAGCGCAGCAGCCCAAGCGCCGCCGCCGCCGCCGCCGCCAGCGGACUCACGGCGUCCCUCGGCUGGACCCCGAUGUGGCGCCCGGCGGCGACGCCGACAUCGGCUGCCCGGUGGUGGUGAAGCGGCGCCUUCUCGCCCUCCUCCCUAUGGAGUCUCCCCCCAGCAGCAGCAGCAGCAGCCACUUGCUGGGCAGCGCCGGGAGCCUCCUGCCCGGCGGGCUGGGCUCGGGCUUCAGCAGCCUGCAGAGCCCCGAGCUGGGCAGCCCUCACGGCGGAGGCUCCUCCUCGGCAGCCGCGGCCUCCCCUCCGCCGCCGCCGCUGCCCAGCUUCGGCACGCCGUGGUCGGUGCAGACCUCGCCGCCGCCUCAGCAACCGCCGCCAGGCCAGCAGCCGCCGCAGCAGCAGCCGCCUCCUCCGGCCGCCUCAGCCGCCGCCAUGGCUCCUCCGCCGAGCCCGGAGUCGUCGUCGUCUUCGGAGGGCGGCAGCAGUUUCUACGCGGCGGGCGGCGGGAUGCCGUCGUCCCUCAACCCGGCUUUCUUCCAGAGCUUCUCGCCCGUGUCGACCCACGCCGCCGCCUCCGUGGGGCCUUUCGGAAGCCCCUUCUCCGCAGCGCCGCCGCCGCCGCCGCCGCCUCAGAUCAGUUUACCUCAGCAGCAGCAGCAGCAGCAGCAGCAGAACCGGCGCUCGCCCGUCAGCCCGCAGCUGCAGCAGCAGCACCACCAACACCAGGCGGCCGCGGCCGCAGCGGCAGCCGCCUUCCUGCAGCAGAGGAACUCCUACAACCACCACCAGGUGGGUGCUGCGGGAAUCGGGGGGCCUCGGGGGUCCGGGGUGGGGGGCGACCCGUAGGAGAAGAUGCCGAUUACUGUCUGUUUCCCCGAUCUGGCCCUCCUAGUCGCCCUGGCGCGCCGAAGGCAUUCGCGGCGAAGCAGUUUGGACCUAUCGAUGGAUCGAUUGAAUACAUGAUCGCGCAGGGAAACGGUGUAUUAACAGUCGUCCUCCCCCAUUUGGAAGGCCGUAGGUUGUUUAAUGGCGGGAGGGCUGGGUAAAAGGGAAUUUAAUUGCUUACAGAAAGCUGCUGGUGAAACAGGGUUUGUGUGUGUCAAAGAAAGAGGAGUGUGUGUGUGUGUAUCGAAAGAGGAUGUCCUAUGAUUGAAGGACCUUAGUGGGGUUGUUUUGGAAACACGUGUGUGCAUGCGUGUUAUUUUUGCUUUAAAAAUUGUUUUUGCUGAAAACAUAAAAGAAUGGGGACACACACACUCAUUUUGAAUGCAUGAAAAUUGACCAAGGAAAUAUGGUGGCAAGUUCUGUUUAGGUUUAAAGCUUCUCAGGCUUGAACCCUGUCCUAUAGGGUUGCUCUCUUUCAAGAAGAGUUUGCCAUGUAUGCUGUGGCAGGAAUCUGUUUUUGAGGAGAGGGACUGCAUGAGGAAGGGGCUGGGGGGCCAAAGAGAACAGUGAAGUGAGUUCACCUGGGUAGGCUGUGUGCGCGCACAUGCGAGAGAUUUUUAAGGACACAAAUGCACAUGCUGAAGUGUCAGAGCAGUGUCAAGCCGCCAGCUGGCUAGUGGAAGAUGGUGGGGGCCCCAAGGUGCCUUCCUUCCGAGAGAGGAGUUUUUCUAGGGGUUGGGAGUAGACAAGAUGUACCACACCUGACCUCCCGGUCCAAUGUGCCCACAAGGGAACACUUGUGACCAUGUAUAUGGCUUUUCUAGUGCAAAGGUUACCUCAGGGUAGGGGCAAGGUGGAAUAAAUAUGUCCUAUAAUCUUUAGGAUGAUUUCACAAGUUACAAAAUUCCAAUGUGAAAAAUAAGUCGUAAAAAAAUAAAGAUAAAAUGAAUCCUGUGUGUAGGUCAGUUGUGUGUGGAUGAUCUUAUAUGUCUGCUUUUUUUGCACAGUAUGUGUGCAUUGGGCAAUCAACCAUUGAGGUGUAAUUGUCACAUAUGGCGUUCUGUAUUGGACUUACAUUGUGCAAUACAUGAAAGUGCUUUCUUUGUUGGAAUUCGGUAAUAUGUGAAGAAGUCCUAGGAAGACAAAGGAGACCUUUAACUCCCACAUCUUUUUCUUAGUUUCUGUUACAGUAAUUCUUAAUAAAUUACUGUACUAGCAUUCAGUUGGCUGUUCUCUCUUCCCAGUCCUCUUGAUCAAAUCUGCAGUCUUAACCCACUUAACUGGCAGAAAGCCCUAUUGAAUUCAGUAGAACUUACUUCUGAGUAAACAUGGUUAGGCUUUUUCCAUUAAAUAUUUAUUCUCUGUAUAUAUAAUAUGGCCUAGACAUUUCAUGCACUUAACAAUACAAUCAGUGCAAUCUUAUGCAUGUUUACUUGUAAAUAAACUAGGGUUUCUAUGCUGAGAUCUGCUGAAUUUUACUGCUAGUUUUUAUUGUUUAUUUUGCAUUGGGUUUUUCCGCUGGAUAUUUGUAAAUGGUUUUGUAUUGUAUUUUUACCUAACGAUGAUAGCCACUUUGUGGAGUAUGAGCUCAAAAAGCAGAUUAUCAGUUUUUUCAAACCAAAUAAAUUACCAAAUAAAUAAGUUCUGUAUUCAGUACAACUUACAUCUGGAUAAGUAUACACAGGAUUUCAGUUAUGAAGGACAUGGGUGUAGCGGGGGGGGGGGGGGAAUCAAUCAAAAUCCUGGCUACGCCCAUGAUGAAGGGUCUACAUAACUUAUAGUUAUGUUUAAGCAAUAUUCACUGGGUUGUUAUACUGGCUACCUAUAUAUUUUAUUUGCUUUUAUUCAAUAGUUUUAUUUUGCAGUGAAUCAGCAACAUCAUAACUUCAUAAUGAACAGAACAGGGCAGUUUUGAACAUCUGUUUCGGACAAGUUUAUUAGUUUAUAGUGACUGUUUUUUGUUUAAAUGAGUUAUACAUAUGUGUAAACCAACAACCAUAAGUGGUAGUCCAAAAUCUGGCAUUCCAAUCCACACACCCAUAAAUUGGCCUAAAGCAGCUUAAACUGAGUAUCUUGAUUUAUCCAGGUUGUGAAUAGGUCUGUACACAAAUUUCCGCUUACGUUUUAUUUUGCAACACUGAGCUAUGUGCUAAGCAGCUUGCAUAAGCAGCUGUAGAUGCCAAGAAAAGUUUCAGUGUGGUAUUUCAGGUUGUCCCAGUCUUUUUGCAUGCAGCACUUACUGCUACCUUAUGGGUGGGCUGAAAACCUUUUCUCCCAUUGGUUGGAAGCUUUCUUCUUUCAAUGAGCUCUGCAUACUCACAGUAAUAUAAGUUUACAGUUUCAUGUUUUCUAUAACAGACUAGCUUUAAACUUCCUUGUUCAUCGGGUAGUGUGCUGCAUUUUGUUUGUGCUCUAGUAUUGUACAUUUAUGCUUAGUAUUAAACAUUUUCCUUCUAAUCUGUUUAUUGAUUCAUUUAAAGCUCUUUAAUGUUAAAGGCCUCUUGCUUCUUCUUGGAACAAGCUGGCCUAGUAGAUUGCUGCUGCUCCCAUUUUACAGAUGGCUGAGAGUAAGUGGCUGCCUAGCAGGUCAAAAGUGGAUUGAGAUCAAAUGUCACCCAUGAUGGUGUAGAAUCUAAUUAUGAUUGUCUGUGUAACCAACUGUGUUUCUGUAAUAAAGACCUACAAUGACAAAACAAAAAAGAAUUAUAAGUUGUAUUUAAUGGAGAAACUAAAAUAAGAUUUUUUAAAAGUAUUGUUGAUAUUCACUAUUCGGUCUAUUGUUGGACAAGCUAAGAAUUACAGAAAGAAUUUCUAAGUUUUUCACAAAGCAAAUGAAAUCUCUUCUGCCUUUUGUGCUUUAAGCUUUAUAAAUAGUAGUACUUGGUGGGCAUCAGACUAGCUGUAAAGAUGAAAAUCCUGUUAAAUCCUGUUACCUUCACUGUUAGUUUUACAGUAUGAUGCAUAUGUCUCCUAAAAAUUGCAGCAUGAGACAUUCAAGACUGACCAUGUCUAUCUGCAAUUAUUUAGGACUUUAGUGUCUGCUUAAUUAUCCUACCCAAAUGGUUUAUAUAUCUUCUUCACCAGGAUGUAUCACAACAGUCUUGAAAAUAUUUCACUUUGAAAUAAUUAUAUCGUGACUGUUCCUGUGAGAUACUAGCUCUCAUCGUCCCUGACGAUUGGCCAUGGUGACUGGAGCUAAUGGGAAUAGUAGCCCUCUAGUUGUUGCAGUACUAUAAGUUGCCCCUCCCAAAUUCUUUUUAAAUGUAUGGGGUUGUUGUUUUUUAAGCCAAGUGUUAAAUUAUUAACAUUGGAGGUUGACACAUUGCACAGCUAUAGCUGUUCCCGUAUCAGUGUCAUUGAAAAGCUUUUCCGUCAUAUCACUUGACAUAAAAUAUUGUACCAAAAGCUAAAGAAGGAAUUUUGAAUGGUUAUUCUGUGCAAUAUCUCUCCCCCCCCCCUCAACCUGGACCAUCCCUCUACCUUUCCUAGGGCUACUAUGCUUUUACUUACUUCUUAAGUCAUCAACUUCUUAUGCUUUUAUUGCAUAUGAUGAUGCUUUAUGGCCUAGCUUUUGCUGUUUCAUAAAAAACCCCAAAUAUAGCUACCUUAAGCUUGUAAAUAGCCACUCACCCAAUCAGCUGUGAUAAAUAAGAAUCUUUUCCAGGUGACUAGUCAGAAAACCUUUGAAAAUUGUAACAGUUAUUUCUGUCACACCAACAGUCUGAAAGAUAAAGAGCUGAGUACACAUAAAUAUUAUGGACAGUUGAGCUAGCAAAUAUCUGUGGGACAUUAAAGGUGCAGUCUUAUACUUUGAUCACCUGGGGGCAAGCCCCAUUGAACACAGUAAGACUUAAUUUUGAGUUGCACUUUAAGCCUUGCAUACUUCUGAGAGAAUCACCUCACUUAUCAAAAUAAAUGUAUAUAGGAAGAUAGUGUUAUUGAAAUAAGGAUAAAUACUUAUUAUUACUUUUGUGUGUGUGUAUGUGUAUGAAACCUUCAGUGGUAUGUAUAAAGCAAGUGUCUUUAACCUGAGGUAUGACUGUAUAUGCUAGGUUUAUCAAAACUAAGAACUAUGUUUUGUGUUCCUCCUGUUGCCCUGAUCCAGAAAAAGUCAAUUUGGCUUUAAUAAGAUUGUAGUAUUAAGCUUAUUUGGGAGUAAGCGGAAUUCUGAAUUCAGCAGAAAUAAUUUCUGAGCAGUCAUGCAUAGGAUUAGGCUGUGUUACCAAUACUUUUUAAGAAAUUGAUCAGAAAUAUUUUCAAAUAACUUUAGUAUUUCUCCUCCUUCACCUCCCCUCCUCAGCCUCUUCUGAAGACAUCACCCUGGAGCAACCAUCAGAGUACUGGCUGGAGCACAGGAAAUAUGUCUUGGGGAAGUGUGCAUGGUAGAGACCAUCGUAGAACUGGAAACAUGGGAAUUCCAGGAACUAUGAACCAGAUCUCUCCCUUAAAGAAGCCGUUUUCUGGUAACGUCAUAGCUCCUCCCAAGUUUACUCGUUCUACUCCAUCGCUGACUCCUAAAUCAUGGAUUGAAGAUAAUGUUUUCCGAACAGACAGCAACAGUAACACGCUCUUACCCUUACAGGUAAGAAUGGUAUGUAACCACAGCCUUUUGAUGUUGUUCAACUUUUGCCAACAUACUGUUUUUUAAAUAAGUAAGAUGGCUGAAAAUGUACUUUCUGACUACGAUUACAUCUCCUUAAUAUAUAGCUUGUGUUGUUUAGUUCUCUGUAGAUAUUGAAUGAGAUAAAACUGAAUACUUCCUUAAUCAUGCAACUUUUGUAACGUUUAUACAGUGGAGCCUCCAGAUACGAACUUAAUUCAUUCUGGUACGAAACUUAAUUCGUACGUACCCCAGAAAGUCCGCAUCUAGAGGCACCGCUUCUGCGCACGCACGCGGCGUGAUAGAGUGGUACUGCGCAUGCGCACGUGAUGAAAUACUUCCGGGUUGGCCACGUUUGCAACCCGAAAGUUACCUGAAGGUCACGUAACCCGAAGGUCCACUGUAUAUUGUCAGAGCAAUGUUUUGCACCCUGAAACUUGCUAUGAAAGUCAACAAUCAGUACGGUGGAAUACUUAGCAUUGCGGAUCUUGAUACUGCAUUAGUAUAGCAAUGACUUUCUGCUGGAAUUGCAAACAUGGCACUGCAAAUGUUUAGAUUUGGAAUGCAAGUAUUCUCUUUUUUAUACUUUUGUCAUAUGAUUUUCCUUGUAAAUUAACUCUGGUUUCCUUGUCAGUUUUCCCUGCAUUUCAUACCACUGAAAUGAGCAACUUGGUACUUAGAGAAUCGGGGGGGGGGGGGGGAAUUGAGUUUUUUUCACUUUUGCAUAAACUACAAAACAAGGCAAUAGCAGAAAUAUCAAAGAAAAUGUGUUGUAUUAUCACUUCUUUCAAUGAGUACAUGAGUGAUGUAGACACAUAUCAAAGAACAACUAUUAAUAAGUCCAUAUGCCAUGCUUUUCUUCAAAGCAUGGCAUAUGGACUUAUUAAUGAAAAUUAUUUGUAUUAGUAUGAGUAAUAUAGUCCCACCAUAAAGUAAAGUAUGUUCUGGGUGUUUGAGAGCUUUGGGGACUUUACAUUGUACAUUAUAAUUUCUCUGGUUGUCAAGUUCCAUGCAUUGUUAUACCAUAAAGAAAUUUGCAGAUCUUAGUGUCUUCAAUUUUUGCAACAUGGAUAAUCCUAGGUGGUACCAGCAGCCAUGUUGUAAGCUCUUUGGGGUGCAGUUGUCGAGUUUGGUUGUGCCAUAUAUUUAAAAGCCAGCCUUGUAGAGUUAUUUGAAUAGAAGUUUUGAAGAUAAUGGAAAACUAAUGAAACACAUUAUGCCAUGACUUUUUUUUUACAAUCAGACACUCCCAACACAGGUGGAAAAAUGUUCCCUGGGCCCCAAGAGUCUGGUGCUGUUGAAGUUGUGUACACUAGCAGAUGUUGCAACCAAGGCUAGGAUUAGAGUUCAAUAAGACGUUAUCCAGAGCAAUGUUAAAGUAUAUUGCACAUAAAAAAAAUCUUAAUAGAUAACAGUGGAGUGGCUUGCCUAGACAGUAAUGAGAAAACAAUCUGUGUAUAAGAUCACAAACUAUAAAUCAACCAUGUUGUUUUGAAAAUGGAAUUUCAAUGUAGAUCGCCUCAGAUCAAAGAUACAGGAGGCAACACUUUCAUUCGACAUUGAGUAGGCCUCUAGUGGGCAUAGUUUUGUGCUCCCCAUUUAGGCUGGAAGCUUGCAUCCUGCAGGGCAGAAAUGUGUAGAAAUGAUGUUGAAGUAACUGGAUUUAACUGCAGCAGUUGGCAUUGUAUAAAGCUGUGUGUCCUAUCUUGAAAAUCAUCUUUCAUUCAACACUUAGUUUUUGCAUGUGCUAGCUAUUAAGUUCUGAAACUUCAUAAUACUAUUGUUGGGCCAGCUUUUCUUGAUGCAUUUGUAGAUGUUUGAGUGACACAGAAAUUUGAGGUAUCUGUGUGUCAGUGAUACACGUGCACUUGUACAGAAUUUAGUGGCUUAAUUUUUUUUUUUUUUUUUAUAAAGUCUCAGUUUAUAUUGCUUAUGGUUUUGGGAAUGCAAAUUGAAAAUUGUUCCACACACACUGUAAUUUUUUUUAAAAAGUGUUAUGGUUAAUAUUGCUGUGUUGAGAAGCAACUUGGAUAUUGUGUACUGGUAACUGGGUGGAGUUGUCAUUCAGGAAUAGGAGAUCUUACUCCAUUUUGCCUUGACUCUUAAUACUGCUUACUAUACUGCUAAACCAGUGCCCCAUAUAUCAACAGAGUCUUUCCUCUACUCUUCCUCCAUUUGAAAGUAUUCUCAAAGUACGAAAAAUACCUUAAUACCUUAAAAAAUACCUUAACAGUGAGGUUAGCAGUCAGUAUGACCAUUAUCUUUCAUUUAUUAAUGUGCAGUGGCAUUUCCAUUACUUUGAGAAAUCUGGAGAUCACUUUCAAGGAAGUCUUGUUGAGAAGGAAUUGAAUUUUCCUAGCACUGAAAACACAAUACUUUGCUAUUGGGAAAACAUGAAUUUAUUCCUUCUACACUUCUUAGUGCUGUGUGAAGUAGAUUUCAUAAAUGUCUUGCAACAUCCAUUGUAACAAAGGAUGCAUGUUUGACUCCACCCUUGCACCAUUUUAUACAGUUUUUGAAACUAAUUUUAUCAUAUUGAAGCUAAGCUCUCCCAGGCUGUAACACUAAAGCAUGUGAAUUAAAAAGAAGAGGACCAGCAUGAGCUACAGACAUUCUCAUUCUGACCUUGUAGUAUUUAUGUCAAGUCUACCUUUUUAUAUAAAAAAGUUAAUAAACUUUAAUCUGUGAAGUUGAUAGUAGUUAGGAUCAUUUUGUUCUGUAUAGCAUGAAAUUGUUUAUGAAUUGUAAGCAAGCAGAUAAAACAAGUAUAAGACAAUAGGAUUAUUAUUGUUGUUGUUGUUGUUGUUGUUUCCCACACUUCUGGAAUAGCAAAUGGCUUUUGCACAUUUUAUGAGUGGAGAGAUUGGCAGCUAUUGUAGCUGAGACAGCACCAUAACAGUUCAGUUAUUCUUCUGAGUAUGUUCUAUGAUUGUGAUUAUUCCUCAUUGCAUCUUGGCUGCGUUAAGUAUGGAUGAUCUACACGGGCACCUGUACAGUGCUAUCUUCCAGUUACUGUAUUUUUCGCUCUAUAAGACGCACCAGACCAUAAGACACACCAAGUUUUUGGAGGAGGAAAACAAGAAAAGAAAUAUUCUGAAUCCCAGAAGCCCAGAACAGCAAGAGGGAUCGCUGCGCAGCGAAAGCAGCGAUCCCUCUUGCCGUUCUGGCUUCUGGGAUAGCUGUGCAGCCUGCAUUCGCUCCAUAAGACGCACAAACAUUUCCCCUUGCUUUUUAGGAGGGAAAAAGUGAGUCUUAUAGAGCAAAAAAAUACAGUAAUUCUCUGCCUUUGUUAUAUGACAUGAUUAUUCAUGCCAUCCUACUGGCUUAUUGGCUUCUGCUAUUAAAAGCAAAAUUGAAAGAUCUUUUCCCAACAAACACUGUGUGAUCUCGAGGUAAAUAAGGAUUUUAUUUUAUAUUCACCCAAAAGGAAAGCAAUGCCCAACCCGGUGAUAACAGAAUAAAUGAUAUAAGGAGGGAGCUGCAGCCCAGGAUAGGAAAAGAGGUAGUAAGGGAACACCUAGCUACGUUAAAUGAAUUCAAAUCUCCAGGGCCUGAUGAACUGCAUCCAAGGGGACUAAAGGAGCUUGUGGAUGUAUUUUAAGAGUCCUUGUCUAUUAUCUUUGAGACUUCUUGGAGAACAGGUGAGGACCCUGCAGACUGGAGGCAGGCAAAUAUUGUCCCCAUCUUCAAAAAGGGGGAAAGGGAUGACCCAGGAAAUACCAACCAGUGAGCUUGACAUCGAUACCAGGGAAGAUCCUAGAACAGAUAAUUCAACUGUUGGUCUGUGAGCAUUUAGAAAGGGAUGCUGUGAUUACUAAGCCCCAGCAUGGGUUUCUCACAAAUAAGUCAUGCCAGACCAAUCUGAUUUCUUUUUUUGAUGGAAUUACAAACUUGGUAGAUCAUGGAAAUGUUGUGGGCAUAGUGUAUCCUGAUUUCAGUAAGGCUUUUGACAAAGUCUGCCAUGAUAUUCUCACAAGGAAGCUGCUAAAAUGUGGGUUGAACAAGGUAAAUGUUAGGUGGAUUUGUAGCUGGUUGACUGACUGAAUCCAAAGAGUACUCAUUAAUGGUUCCUUGUCACCCUGGAAAAAAGUAACAAGUGGGGUGCCACACGGUUCUGUCUUGGGCCUGUUGUUGUUUAAUGUCUUUAUAAAUGACUUGGAUGAAGAAAUUGAGGGGAUGCUAAUCAAAUUUGCAGAUGACACCAAACUGGGAGGGGUAGCUAAUGCUGCAGAAGACAAAAUCAGAAUUCAAAAUGACCUUAACAGAUUGAAGAACUGGGCACAAGCUAACAAAAUGAAUUUCAGUAGGGGCAAAUGUAAGGUUCUGCACUUAGGCAAGAAGAACCAGAUGCACAAAUAUAGGAUGGGGGGGCACCUGGCUUACUAGCAGUACAUGGGAAAAGGAUCUUGGGGUCUUGGUGGCCUUAUUACCUUUGGUUCUCUAAAAUGCUAUGCAGAAGCUAGUAUACUAGAACCCCAACAAUACUUUCCCCAUGGAGUGGAAUAUGAGCACAAACUGCACCCAGUCAUGUGGGGCAGAACAUUUUGUAGCUUUAUUUUCUGUGGAAACUAAGUAUGGAUGUGCAGAAAGAAAUUUCAAAUAGUUUUAGACAAGCUAGGCACUUUCAAAAGUUUUAGCUUAGUGCAUUAAAUACAAAUAAAACAGCCAUACUAAAUUAGAACUCUGUAGGGCACCAAAUUCUACUCUCCCUCCCCCCAUGCUAACUGAAAGUUUUCAGAUGUAAGUUAACCUGCAAAUUACCCUAAUUUGUAGGCUAGACAAUGAGAUUGAAUUUUCCAGUUCAUUUUCCCCCCUCAAACCCCAUUUCUCUGAUUGCACCUGUAUGUUUUGCCCUAUACAGCUUGUGCUCCCUGAUCUAGAUGUCAAAUACCCUCGUUCAUAUGCACUUUUAGCAAAAAAAUAAAAUAUGCCAUCAGUAUCUAAUCACAGAUCUUGUGCAUCACAUGUAGUUUGUCUCUGUAAUAGAGCAAUCUCUUCCUGUUGUCUGGACUAAAACACCUUGAUGAAUCUAUGUAUGCAUGUAAUAGUGCCCUGUGCCUAUAGUAGAAAGUUGUUGACACAUUAGUAGGUUGUCAUGAAUUGUAGCUUUUCCUCACAUUUAAUGCUGUUUUCACAUGUAAAGUUUUAUGUGCAGGACUUGUGCAGUUUCUCAUAUGGAAGUAUUUUAGAUUAGGAUUUGUGCAAAGCAUGAAUACAAUACUCUCCCCCAUUGUACUUUGAGGUACUAUUCCUCUGAAUCUGGAGACUCCAUUUAGUGUACAUGAUUAAUAGCUGAUAAACAUAUGCUCCAUGAAUUUGUCUAAUCCCCCUUUAAAGUCAUCUCACUCCCUGGUCUUCACCAUUUAUUGUGCCAAGAGAAAUCUCAUGAUGCAUUGUGUGAAGAUGUCCUUUCUUUUGUCUUCCUUUAAUCAAUUGCCAAUAAAUUUCAUUGAAUGACCCAUAUUGUAAUUUUUAUUGUUUUUUCAUGUAUAAAAAGCCCCUCUCUUUUCCAGUUCUUCACAUCAUGCCUAAUUUAAGGCAUCUUGUUUUUAUUAUUGCUUGUUAGCCGCCCUGAGCCCGGCCUUGGCUGAGGAGGGCGGGGUAUAAAUAAAAAUUAUUAUUAUUAUUAUUAUUAUUAUUAUUAUUAUUAUUAUUAUUAUCUUAGUCAUGCAGUUAUCUGACUUAAACCCUUAUCUCCAUAGUUUUAAAUAUCAAUUGGCUUCUUUCUAACCCCAUGUUGAGGAGGUCAGCUUUAGUGAUAGACAUGAAGAAGGGAGGAUGCUUAGGACAGCGUCUCACACCCCUUUCUUUGCUCUGCAGUACUAAGAGUUGAGUCUUAAUAUCCAGUAGUUGCUGCUGCCACCGCUCCUUUUUGGUCACCUAUAUCCCCAGAAACAAGGGGUAGGGAAUGAGGAUAUCCAAUUAAUGGUUAAAUUCCGGGAUCCUGGAUUAGCAGGCUUCAUGUCUCCAGCCAAUCCCUUGCAAUUUAUGUAGAGUGUAAAGUCAGUUCUCCAGCGCUCUGUUUCUCCCUGACAAUAGGGCAAAUUACUGGAUUUCCUAACUCUGUUCUUAGAUUUCAAUAGCGUUAAACCCAAAGCAACCUAGGUGCGUGGUGAUUCCCGAAUCCUGAGGGUGGCAGUCACAUACUGAUUCCACUAGUUCAGUUGUGAAAGUUUAUUAAGAGUACACGAGGAAAAGGGCAAUAAGGUCCAACAGAAAUAUUAAAAAGAGCUGGAAGGCUCUAACACCUGAUUACUUUUAUUCUAACUGCUAAUAGCACAAUGAUCUCAGUCUACUUACACAUAGGCAGUGAGGCUGGUUAGCUUCCUGGUGAUAUGGAAGAGCCAGCCUGGAUUCCUGAUUAUGAGAGGGACAAAAGUUGCAAGAGCAGCUCAGUUUUUAAAUACUCUCUCUCCUCUCCCUUCUCCCCUCUCCCUGAAGAGAGUGACCUUUGGAUCUUUCUGACCAAUGAGAGCCAUAGUCAUUUUGUCAGAUUUGUCACAUAUCCCAGGUAGGCUUCUUAAGUACCUUUUCCCAUGUGAGUAGAAUUAGUGGGAGACACAUGACAGUCUGGCUUAGAGAAAUGAUGGAGGGAGGAGACCAAGGUCCUGUGUGACAGCAAGUCGCAUAUUUUUUGGUAAGGGAACUCCAGUUCCACAUUUGAGGUUUUUUAAAAACAGUAAAAUAUUUGAAUAUAACUUGGAUUAAAACAAGAUAAUAUCAAAAACCAGAGUAAUAGCUUUCAACUUUAAAUAAGUUAUUUCUAGGGAAGUUAGAAUGGACUGGAAGGUCUGUAAAAUAUCUUGGUGAAUUCUUAAGAAGGAUAUACAGUAUAUUAAUGUAAUUAAGAAUAACUGCAGACUCUUAAGAAAAUCAAGGUCUGGUGGUCUUGUCUGUCAGUUUAAAUAUCUCAUUUGGAUGAGGGUAAUUAAGAAUAUAAGAACUGGAGUUGCAGCAUUGUGAAACAGGGAGAAAGUGAAUGGCUUAGCGUUGCAUGAAUGCACCUAACCUCCUCCCAGGCCCAGUGUUCGGAAUUAGCCAGGCACAUUUUGCACCUGGUUUUCGACACUUGUGACCAAAUGAAGAUGCCUGGAUGGUGCCUGACAUCUCCACCAUCUGGAAGUGCAUGCCUGAGGUUCAUUGGACUGUUUUCACACACUAAUACCACAUCCUGUACAAUUCUAUCAGUUAUAUUUUAUCUGUACAAUUGAAAAUAAUUUCAGGAACCAAAAUGCUUUUUCUGUGCAGCCUGGGCAGCAGCAGUCACCGUUAUGAAAAAGAGGUAGGAAUAGGCUAAUACAUAUGUGGACUCUCCCUGGAUCCAGUGACUUUAAGUUCUCAAAGUUCUUAACCUAGCUCAAGGUUGUCAUCUGAACUAGCCAGUUAUUUAAUUGAUAAUCAGUCAUAGUCCAUCAUAUAAGACUUUAGAGCCAUCUUACCCCUAGACAUUUUGUUUUGCUGACUCUAACCUUGGUUUAUGGAGCCAUUUGGCAUUGAGCUUAUGUAUCUGAGUUUCGGACACUGCCCAGUCCUAUUCACUCUGCUUCAACCCACAUGACCAAGAGAAGGAGUUCAGAACUUUCCACUUUGGCUCUUAGUUAUGGUUUGGGAAACAAAGGCAAACACAAAACGUGGGAAGAGAGUAGGCUCACUCACGUCACCUUGAACCAUGACUUAGCAUGACAUCUGAAUGGAGCCAGUGUUUCUUCACUCUGUCCAGAUUGUGUAUAAUUUUAUAAACUUCUGCCAUAUUCCUUCCUCAGUAAAUCUUUUACUAUGCUAAAUAGUUCCAAAUACUUUUGCCUUUCCUCAUAGAGAAGAUGUUUCAUUACCUUUAUCAUUCUUGUUGUCCUUUUAUGUACCUUUUUCUGUUCUAUGUUGUCCUCCUUGAGAGGGUGAGACUAGCAAUUUUCUUUUCAGUCCCCUUAAUCAUUCCCAACAUGGAAUUUGCUGUUGCUAUCCCAGCUGCAACAUGCAAACUUUACAUUUUCAUUGUGCUAUUUUUUAUCUUCUGGUCUGUGACUGUCAGUUUAGACCUCCCCACCAUCACCUGUGUAUAGGUGAAGUUAGGAUUAUUUAUUUCCUUCACUGGGCAUUACCUUGAAGCAAGGAAUUCUCAUAUAAAUGAUAAUGAAAUCAUUAGAAUUUAACCAAAAGGGAGCUUUUUUAGAAACCUGUUGAUUUUUAUCCCAGAUAGAACUAUGAGAUUCACAGAUAUCAUUAAAAUUUAUCAGAUGUAGCAAAAAGCUGAAAGGUGAAGCUGAAAAUUAUUUUAUGAUUAGGAAAAAGGAUUGUCGUGCUAAGCCUACAGUUGCAUUACAAAUAUUCCAAACUGGUGUUUUCAUUAGACUGGCUCAGUGACAAUGUGAUCCAUCUUGGAUAUCCCAUGAACAAGUAAAAUAUUUUUUUUAGAGAUUGUAUUCAAACCUUGGGCAAAUAUGUUAAUUUCGCUCCAGAAACCUUACCCUAAGUAGUUCAAUAUGUGAAUUUUAACCCAUUUGCAACUUACAAAUGCCAGCAUUUGAGGAAAAUGCAUUAUAGAGAGCUAUAAAUAUUACAUUGUUAAUAACAUAUGCAGAGAUUACAGGUUCAUUUCAGCAAAACUGAAUCCAAGAUAUAUUGAACUAGCAGUUUCCAUAUCUUGCACUAGAAAUCUGAUAGAUUUUUUCAAGCUGCAACUGCUGUAUCUUAAAGUAGUUUCCCCGUAGUCUUCCAGCUUUUAAUAUGCAGCUUUUUUAUACUUUGCCACUUUAACAUGUAGCUAUUUUAUUGUUCCUUUAUCAUUGCUAAAAAAAAACUGUAAAGCUCAUAUAGUCAUGACAGUGGUAAAGCUGUCAUGGCCUAUGACCCUUGCUCAAUUAUUUGUUACAGCUUUUGAACAGCAAACACAUCGAAAUCUGUGGUUCCCAAAAGAAAAAAUAUUAGACUUGUGUAACAACUUCUGUUGUUUUUUCUCUGUGUUAGUUUUGUAUCCAGGAAAUACAUAUUCUUAUUUUGCAUUAUUCUGAUAGCUCUUUUUCUUGUUUGGAAAUCACUUGGAGGUAAUCAGAGGUUCUGAACAACUGUGUGUGCAAGUUUCAGAAGGAAUUACAUAUUAAUGUAUUGCAGCAAAGAGAAUUGUGGUAUAACCUUUUUACUUUAGAGCACACUUUAUUCAGGUAGCGAUGUAGGCAUCCAGGAAAGCUUGCAUCAUUUGUGUCAAGAGACUUCCAAGGUUUAGAGUACCUUGGCUGAUACACCAACAGCAAGCAUAUCUGGGAGGAGAUGGCCUGACACCACUUAUCCAGACCCUGUUAAACCUCCUGCUUCAACAAUACAGAGGUCACAAACAUUUUUGGGAUCUGUGGACACAUUCAUAAUAGGAUUAAAAUGGAUCCUUUUGAAUUUGCAUUAUGUUACAUGGGGUUCUUAUGUUAAAUUAAACUUUGCAGUGGUAGACUGCAUGGUAAAAAAUCAGAUGCAGUGCUUGUUAGCACCCUGAAAUAUUGAUUCUAGGUACAGAUCCUCAUGGAUCUUCAUAUUUUUUUACACAGUAUGCCAAUAAAAUCAGCAACAAAUCACAGAACACAGAUGUGAACUACAAUUUGAUGGUAGUUUGACUGGGUCCUUUGAAAAAUUUUGAGAAUCUAUAUGGAUCUGUGCGUAUUGGGAACUAAAUCCUAUUAUUUUUACGGUUUAGUCAAUGAAGACAGCUGGGAUCUGUGAUUUGAAAGAGGUGGGGGAAACUGAAAAUUUAGUCAGUUCCAAUGGUAUCCAUUUCACUGGAUCCAGCUUCCGUACGUGGGUGUUCCAUCUGUCUGUCUGUUUCUCUUGUGCGCUUUUCCACACUUACCUUUCCUCCAUUCCUUACAGACACUGUCUGCAAUUUAAAGCUCUGUGUCCAAGCACCUCUCCCUCCACCAUGAAAACCUGCUCUUUAAAGCUCUGUCAGAGCAAACUUCAAUCCAUGGAAAACUCAAAUUGGCAUUUGCUCUGAUUCAGCUAUCCUUCCCUUCCUACCUUCUUGGCCACUCUGCUUUUUAUUCAGCUGCUCAGGUUGCAGUCUGAGCCUUGAAAAGUAUAGAAAUAUGAAAGACAAAGCUGGAAGGGUAAUGUUCUUUCCCACUUCAUUUCAACUCAAUGUGCUUUUUCAAAGCUUAGAUCAGCAUUUCAGCUGCUGACCCAAUUCAUGAGGAGCACAGAGCUGAAAUAAUAAUAAUUUUAUUAUUUAUAUUCCGCUCAUCUGGCUGGGUUGCCCCAGCCACUCUGGGCAGUUAAAAAGAGUGCUGCUCUUCCAGUUUCCUCCUUCAUUGUUGCAUACUUCUCAAGGGAAGCAAAGGUAACCUGUCCUUACCAGUACAUAAUGUUGGGGACAGUGAGAAUAUAGAUAUAUGGGUUCAGAAGCAUGGCAGGUGCCAGAGAUACUCCUCAUAGGUACCAUUUUGCCCAAGAGUGUCACAUAAACAUACCCAGGAUUAUUUUAACACUGUGUAUGCAGGCUCUUUAAAAAAAAUAUCCAGAAAGUACAGUUGGACUGCAAGAUAGUGAACUGGGUCUAGAUGAUUCAGUAACAGUAUGCUGGUGUCUUAUCAGCUACACUGGCUGACAGGCCUCAUCUGCACUACAGUGGAACCUCGUGUUACAUCCCGUCCUCCUAACGAAUGCUUCAGGUAAUGAGCUCUGCUAACCCGGAAGUAGUUGCCCCUUGUUGUGAGCUUUGCCCCGGGAUGCGAGCGGAAGUCGCGCACCGGCGGUGCAGCAGCAGCGGGAGGCCCCAUUAGCGAAAGCGCACCUCAUGUUAAGAACGGUUUCGGCUUAAGAACAGACCUCCGGAAUGGAUUAAGUUCAUAACCAGAGGUACCACAGUAUACAUUAAAAGCAGCAUCAUAACACUUUAAACAAUCAUGGCUUCAACCAAAGAAUCCUGGGAACUGUCAUUUGUUAAAGAUGCAGAGAGAGAGUUGUUAGGAGAGGCCUUUUCCCCUACAGUACUACAAUUCCCAGGGAAGAGGGAUUGGCUGUCAAACCAGGGGUCUUCUAACAACUCUCAAUCCUUAAACUACAGUUCCCAGGAUUCUUUGGGGAAACCCAACAACUAUUUAAAAUGAUAUGAUACUGCAUUAAAUGUAUAGUGCAGAUGAGGUCCCAGUCUCUUUUCUGACUCUUGGUUUUAACCUUAAAUGCCCUCAGUUGGCUUAGGACCAGGACAUCUUAAAAUAAUCUUCUCCCAGUUAUAUCCACCCACAUUUUGAGAUAGUCUUCUUUAGGGAUGAGCAUACCUUUCAACUUUGGUGUUCUCAGUUUCUGAUUUUUCUAAUUUCAGUUUUCCAAAUUUCUGCAGCAAUUCGUGGAUUAGAAAUAUUAAUAUUUAUCAGCAUUUUAGUACAAAUGUCUUCUAAUAAUUACAUGUUUAUUGUACAGUUUUGACUACACAGUUUGCAAGAAUUCUCCCUAAUAUUUUGUAUGUUAUUUUCAUAAAUAUAUUCAUUUUUAUGAACACUUUCCACUGAUACAGGCAAUUUUAUAAACAUUGGUUGGAGAGUUGCACUGCAAAAUUCAGAUAAGUGCAAAUUUCGAAUGAUAGCUGCAUUUGGUUCUUAUAUUGUUUCAGAAGUGAACAUUGGGCAGGUUCACCUUUAAAUGUAAAUGAUAUCUAAUUUCUCCCCUAUCCCUACUCUUCAGGGUCUCUACUAAUACCCUUGCCAAAUGGUAGCUACCAGGAGAAGGCCCUUCUUGUUGGUAGCAUAUCAGCUGUCCCCUGAGAGGCUUCCCUGGUGCCAGUCUCACCUUCACAAUCAUUUUGGCACAAGGUGAAGACUACUUGGUACUCCUAGGUUGUGUUCUUAGGUGUAUUUCCUCUUCUUAAAUAUUAAAUUUAGGUCCUUUCAUUGGCUCAACAAUUGUGUGAUGCUGGAAAAGUUUAAGGUUUGGGAAUUGUCAGGGAACUGCCAUCAGUGCCGGAGGGAGAGAGCAAAAGCCAGAGGGAUUCCAGAGAGCGUCCAGGGAUCGGGAGAAGCAGCCCAUCUUCUGGGGAAGAGAAUCAGCGUAGCACCAGUGGAGAAGGGGGGCAGAUGGGGGAAGCGGCGAGGCGGUCCCAUGACUCCUUGCCUGGGACCAGCGGGGAGAGUAGGGGUCCUCCGUUGCCCAUGCCCUCCUUGCGCAGAAGGCUUUCGCGCAGAGAGAGUAGGAGGAGACUAGGCGUCAAAGAGCUUCUUUGCUGGAAGAAGUUUAAGAAACGCCCACUGACGGAUUCUGCCAGCGAUUGAGUCAGCCACAGGUGAGUGGCUGUCCGGACAGAAAAGGUUCACUCAGGCAACCCAGCCAGGUGUUUGCACCCAGCCGGGGAGAUAAGCACCGGCUUACGCACGAGCAACCCCUAGAACCAUUAAAGGAAUCUAACAUGUCUAUUUUAAUGCCAGCCGUGUCUCCAUUGUUGCUGUUAGUCUUUCAUCCCUCUUUCUUCAAUAGACACAGAGCUUUUGAGUCUGAGGUAUGGUGUGCUAAGUGGUUGUAUUGGUUCUCCAAUUUCUUUAUGCAGAACACUAAUUACUGAACACAUGGUUAGAGAGAAUUUUAGAGCCACAUUACUAUCAUGGUUCUCUUGGGUUCAGCUGUGCUCUUUUUUUUGUUGAAGCCUGAGAUUUAUGAAGUUGCCUAUAGAAGGCUUACUUUGUUUGCUGGAGACUGUGAGUAGUAAGACGGGUUUGGCCCCAAACAAUGUAUAGGUUACUGAUAAACCAUGAGGAAGGUGCAGUAGAUGGUCUUUGUAUGUGUUAAAAAGAAAAUAGUUAAGUAGAAAUAGAUGAUGGACAACUGAUCUCACUUUGGGAUAAACCUUUCAAAUCAGUAACUCUGAUUAAGGGAUCAUUAUUAAAACUAAUUCAUAACUGCUAUCUUAUUCCACAGAAGUAUGUCAUAUCAACCCUAGAUCCUCUCCAUUGUGUUGGAGAGAGUUCAGGUAAUUGAAACUUACCUUCAUAUGUGGUGGGGAAGCCACAGAGUUUGGGAAUUUUGCCAGUGAGUUUUAGUGAAAUUAGAGCCAUUACAAGACAGGCUGCAAAAAACUCGCUGCAACUGGCUCUUUUAAAUUUAUUUCUAGGUCAUCAUAGAAGUAUGAAAAGUAGCAAACUAAUAAACAGUUUGUUAUCUGCAGUCAGUGUUGGUGGCAUGCGCCUGGUGUGACUUCUGUGCAGUAACUAUAGAUUCUUGCUACCAAAAGGUCUAAGGAAGCAGCAUUACUUGAGAAACUGAUACAUAAGUUUAAGUGGAUGUGGAAAUUGAGUCAAUGUGGACAUGACUUGUUUUUGGCAGCUUGGUGUGAUUUUAUUGUUUUUACAAACAUGAAGGAACAUGGUUGUCCUCUACCUGACAGAUAACAAAGUUGAGUAAGUAUAACCUAGUACUGACAUUAUUGUCAGUCCACCACAGUUCCUCUGUAAUUGAUUUCAUGUAUUUUAGGGGAUUUUUUUUUAACCUAUAUUGACUCAGAUUAUUAUUUUUGCUUUGUUUGUUUAGUGAUUUUAUAUUUGAGAUACAUACUUUGCUAUAAUUGUAAAAUUUCAUAAAAGUUCUGCUUGGUUCCCCAGCUCCGUUCCCAUGGUAACACUUGCUCUGAUAACAUCCUAUUUGGAUUGCUGUGAAGUUUUUUGAGGAGCUGUUUGGGAAGCUGUAGAACGCAGCUGCUAGGAAGUUAACUAGGUACACCAGGUUAGGACAAUAUAGCACUAGUCCUGAAGAACCUGUGGUGGCUGCCUAUACAUUUCCAAUCCCAAUCCAAGGUGAUGGUGUAGAUAUAUGAAACCAUAAAUGACUUGUGGCCUGAAUAUGUGAAUAAUUUCUCCCUCAUGGGCUUAUCCAUGUGUUAAGAUCAACAGGAGAUGCAUUUUUCUUGGCUACAUCGCCAGACACAGGAUGUAGCAUGGUGACACGGAAUGGACCUUCUCAGUAGUGAUUGCCUGGCCUUGAAAUGAUCCCUGGUCUAAGAUUAUUUGAUGCUGACAUUUGUUUUUUGCCAUUGUUUAAAGAUGUAGUUAAUAAAUUAUAGUGGUACCUUGGGUUACAAACACCUCGGGUUACAAACUCCGCUAACCCAGAAGUAGUACCUCGGGUUAAGAAGUUUGCGCCAGACUGAGAACAGAAAUUGUGCACCGGUGGCGGCAGGAGGAGGCCCCAUUAGCUAAAGUGGUACUUCAGGUUAAGAAUCGUUUCAGGUUAAGAAUGGACCUCUGGAACGAAUUAAGUUCAUAACAUAAUGUAGCACUGUAUAAGUUUGUGGGGUUUUAUAUAUCUAGAGAGAGAGAGAGAGAGAGAGAGAGAGAGAGAGAGAGUGUAUUGGACCUUCUGUUGUGUGAACAUGCUUAGGAUUUAUAAUGUAGUAGAGUGGCUUUGGAGGUCUUUAAGCAGAGGCUUGACAACCAUAUGUCAGGAGUGCUCUGAUGGUGUUUCCUGCUUGGCAGGGGGUUGGACUCGAUGGCCCUUGUGGUCUCUUCCAACUCUAUGAUUCUAUGGCUUUUUGUUGUUGUUUAGUCGUUUAGUCGUGUCCGACUCUUCGUGACCCCAUGGACCAGAGCACGCCAGGCACUUCUGUCUUCCACUGCCUCCCGCAGUUUGGUCAAACUCAUGCUGGUAGCUUCGAGAACACUAUCCAACCAUCUUGUCCUCUGUCGUCCCCUUCUCCUUGUGCCCUCCAUCUUUCCCAACAUCAGGGUCUUUUCCAGGGAGUCUUCUCUUCUCAUGAGGUGGCCAAAGUCUUGGAGCCUCAGCUUCAGGAUCUGUCCUUCCAGUGAGCACUCAGGGCUGAUUUCCUUAAGAAUGGAUAGGUUUGAUCUUCUUGCAGUCCAUGAGUCUCCUCCAGCACCAUAAUUCAAAAGCAUCAAUUCUUCGGCGAUCAGCCUUCUUUAUGGUCCAGCUCUCACUUCCAUACAUCACUACUGGGAAAACCAUGGCUUUUACUAUAGGGACCUUUGUUGGCAAGGUGAUGUCUCUGCUUUUUAAGAUGCUGUCUAGGUUUGUCAUUGCUUUUCUCCCCAGAAGCAGGCGUCUUUUAAUUUCGUGGCUGCUGUCACCAUCUGCAGUGAUCAUGGAGCCCAAGAAAGUAAAAUCUCACUGCCUCCAUUUCUUCCCCUUCUAUUUGCCAGGAGGUGAUGGGCCCAGUGGCCAUGAUCUUUGUUUUUUUGAUGUUGAGCUUCAGACCAUAUUUUGCGCUCUCCUCUUUCACCCUCAAUAAAAGGUUCUUUAAUUCCUCCUCACUUUCUGCCAUCAAGGUUGUGUCAUCUGCAUAUCUGAGGUUGUUGAUAUUUCUUCCGGCAAUCUUAAUUCCAGCUAGGGAUUCAUCCAGCCCAGCCUUUCGCAUGAUGAAUUCUGCAUAUAAGUUAAAUAAGCAGGGAGACAAUAUACAGCCUUGUCGUACUCCUUUCCCAAUUUUGAACCAAUCAGUUGUUCCGUAUCCAGUUCUAACUGUAGCUUCUUGUCCCACAUAGAGAUUUCUCAGGAGACAGAUGAGGUGAUCAGGCACUCCCAUUUAUUUAAGAACUUGCCAUAGUUUGCUGUGGUCGACAAAGUCAAAUGCUUUUGCAUAGUCAAUGAAGCAGAAGUAGAGGCCUUUCUGGAACUCUCUAGCUUUCUCCAUAAUCCAGCACAUGUUUGCAAUUUGGUCUCUGGUUCCUCUGCCUCUUCUAAAUUCAGCUUGCACUUCUGGGAGUUCUCAGUCCACAUACUGCUUGAGCCGUCCUUGUAGAAUUUUAAGCAUAACCUUGCUAGUGUAUGAAAUGAGUGCAAUUGUGCGGUAGUUGGAGCAUUCUUUGGCACUGCCCUUCUUUGGGAUUGGGAUGUAAACUGAUCUUCUCCAAUCCUCUGGCCACUGCUGAGUUUUCCAAACUCACUGGCAUAUUGAGUGUAGCACCUUAACAGCAUCAUCUUUUAAAAUUUUAAAUAGUUCAGCUGGAAUACCAUCACUUCCACUGGCCUUGUUAUUUGCAAUUCUUUCUAAGGCCCAUUUGACUUCACUCUCCAGGAUGUCUGGCUCAAGGUCAGCAACCACACUACCUGGGGUGUACGAGCCAUCCAUAUCUUUCUGGUAUAAUUCCUCUGUGUAUUCUUGCCACCUCUUCUUGAUGUCUUCUGCUUCUGUUAGGUCCUUACCACUUUUGUCCUUUAUUAUGGUAAUCUUUGUACAAAAUGUUCCUUUCAUUUCUCCGAUUUUCUUGAACAGAUCUCUGGUUCUUUCCAUUCUGUUGUUUUCCUCUAUUUCUUUGCAUUGCUCAUUUAAGAAGGAGAGUGGCUAGAUGCCUGCAAAUGUCCCAAGCACUUAGGUCAUAUUUGAGGAAACUUCAGAUUAACAAAUGUGCUUUAAGUACUUGCAGUUAUUUAAUUUCUGUACUGUUUACACUGAGUGAAGAAUUAAAAUGAGGAAGAAACAAGGGUACAGAAUGCUCUUUAAAGAGAAGAGUAACAUUCUGUUCUGGCUCCUUCAUUGUUUAUUCAUGUGACUGUUGCAGGAGUAAGGUCCCUCUGUUGCUGUUCCCUGGUAACACUGUCUAGCACUGUAGGCAGCAGAACCAAGGAGUGCUCAAGGAUAGCUUCUUGUAAUCUCAUUGAACAUGUUGCUUCUUUGGGAGAAAAUAGUGUUGUGUACUCUUUCUAUUAAAACGUCUGUUGCAAGUGCAGAAUCCCUGCAUAAAUUUCUUACAUUCACAUGAACAUUGUUGGACACGGUUGUAGGUUUGUUCAGUGGGUCCUCCAUGUAUUUGGACAUUAGCUAACAUACAGUGCAAUCCUAAGCAUGUUUACCCAAGAGUAAGUUCUAGUGCAGUUUCCUUCCUAGUAAAUGAGUAUUAGAUUACAACCUUCAAAUUACAACAUUGAUUGGAGGAACCCUACUGACUAUACAUAUUUGUGCAUGUUUUGUCCUUCAGGUUCUACAGUGCAUUGGACACUCAGGUCAAACUCAGAUUCAAAGUUUUGUGAUAAUGGUUGUUGUUGUUUUAUUUCUUAGAUUUGGUAGUCACUUGUUACCCAAAGGUCUCCAAGUUUCUUAUGACAUAUCUAAAAACAUAAACAUGAAUUAUACCAUUAAAAUAAUUCAUGCAAAACACCUACAGUUUUCUCUCUCUCUCUCUCUCUCUCUCUCUCUCACACACACACACACACACACACACACUCCAACCCCCCACAACUGUCACAAAGGAGCCUUGGAAGCACACUACUAAUACUUUAAUGGGCUAGUCUGUGCUGUAAAUCUAAAUUUUUGGAAAACUUGUGAAAUGGUUUUCAAAAGUCUGAAAAAGUGAAUUGUUGUGGACCAUAAUGUGUAGUUGUUUGCUGGGCAGUAUUGGAUGUUUUGCAAUGUGCAGAUUGCUACUUUAGAUACUUGGAAUCUUUCAUGUUUUUUGUGCUACUACAGCUAAAGUAAUCCAUAGGGAUUUAAUUCUAAGUAAAUGCUUUAGGAAUAAAAGGGCAGCCAAGAUUAGAAAAGCUAAUAGUUGGAGUAAUGGUUUUUCCCAAGAGGCAAUGAUCCCACACCCUUUUCAAUAAACUAGAAUAAACAAGCACAAGUUACAAUUAUGCCCAUAUUUAGUACCGACACUGUUCAGUAUUGUAUUAUUAUAUGACAGUCAAUGUAUAUGUUGCUUUAAGUUGGGGAUGGGAAACCUAUGGUCCUCCAGAUGUUCCUGCACUACAACUCGCAUCAUUUCCGAUCAUCGGCUCUGUUGGCUUGAGCUAAUGGCAGUUGGAGUAGAAAAACAUCUGGAGGGCCACAUGUUUCUCCAUGUCUGCUUUAAAACAAAGAAAAGCAGGUUCUUAUGGCAAGAAAUUUGCCUUCAUUACGAUGAAGCAUCUGAGAAAUUGGAGGUGAUACAUAGACGUGAUAUAUAGGCUUAAAAUCAUAGCUCCCCUUUCCCUGACUUGUCAGUACUAUAGAGGCCACUAUAAUACAUAUUUAAUGGGUAGCUGCAAGAGAAGAAACUGGGUAGCAUGCUAUAAUACAAUUUUAAGAAUAAUUUAUAUACUCCUGGAAUUCUCUUACAUGGGGCUGCAGUGUUUAGAUUUGCUUAGCUUCAGCAGUGCUGCAGCUUCAUGUUCUCUUGAGUCCAUUAUUGGACUCUUGUCCAGACGAUUCUCUUUAGAAAUAAGGAUUGUAUUGCAUGGAAGUAAAUGGAAGUAGAACUCAAAAUAGCAUGCCUGAAAAGUUAAAACCAGACAAUCAUUUUAAAAGUAAUGGCGAAGGAAGGUUUACUAUAUUGUACUCUACAGAAUGGUGUGCAUUUCCUGCAAGAUGAUUACUAACCAACUUGAGCUGUAGUGACAGUUUUGAGCUACAAGUCAAGCUGGUUUCCUUGAAGUCUUAUCAGAUCAGAUGCUAUUUUGCUUUAUUUGAAUCGCAUAAACAGUAAAUAUUUAGAUGAGUAUGUGGGUGUUGACCCUCUGUGUAAUAAUACAGAAUGUUAAACUGACGUAUCAUGAACAAAUCUAAUUAGGCUAUAUUUUAAAGUGUGUGUCUGGUUUUUUAAGUAGAAAUUAGACAUUCAACCAUAAAGGAAAAACUACAUGUAUGCAAUUCUUAAUUUUUCUUUCUCAUCAUGUGAAAAAUCUAAAUUUACAUUCCUGGGAAACUACACUAUUGUGUUCAAGAGUUAAAUUAGACAGCAGUCCCCUACCACCACUAUUGGGUUGCUGCUUAUACUAUUCCAUUUUCUGCAAGUGGCCUCCAUGUUUAUUUUUCCAGUUCCAUCAUUUUAGGAUGGUCCUUUUUCACUGUCUAAUGUAACAUAUUAUGGAAAGAGAUGGUAAAUUGAAGGGUUUUUUAGGAUGAUUGAAGAAAUAUUUAUUUAAAGAUGUGUAGCCUCCAAUCAAACAAUCUCUGGGGCAUAUUAGUUACAUUAGCAAGAGUUAAUAGCUCAUAUUAUAGUGUUAUUGUAACAAAGAGAGCUAAUGUGGGGGGUCAUAGUAAAGUCUCUCCACAGCUGUGUAAUAUUCCUGCUACUGCUAUUCUUAUAUUCUUCAAUAUAUAUUAUUGUAUUCUUAUGUUCUUCAAUGUGCUUCCAUUGGAAAUCACUUAGGGGAGGGGACUUCUCACAUAGGCCAGAUGAAACAUGGCUUCUGGCUGGAAUGGUGGCCAGGAAGAACAGUAGUCAGACAUGAUGUUACCCCUUUUUUUGUUCCUGCUCCAGUCCUUAGGAACUUAUGGUGAUCAGUUUCAUAGAUUACAAGUAUCAUUUACACACUAUCUUCUGGAUAAAGAAGGAUUGGUGAUUGUUGCAAAAAUUGGUACCACAAAAGCUAAUUACUGUACAAUGAAACAAAUCAAAUAUUUGUUCCAAAGUAUACGGACUUCCUGACAAAAACCUCACACUCUUAAAGAUUUCUUAAGCAAAAUAGAUGCAUACUCAGAAGGUUUCACUUAGUGCCUGCAUCAAAAUUGUGGACCUAUUGGGGAAGGAUCCCCAGCGAGCUCCAUUAACAUAGUUAAUUAACAUCUAAAAAAGUUACAUUUAAAAGAAUAGUAAAACGGUUAAAUGUUUUCUCAUCCAGUGAUCUCAGGGUUGCCAAGAGUGGUGUCUUUCGGCCAUCAAAUGCCUGGGUGGGUAAACAGAAAUGGGUAAACAGACUCCUGAAAGUCUGUUAUGAUGGAAACAAAUACAUCUCAUUCAAAACAUGGGAACCACCAAGAAAAGGGCCCUGUCAUGGAUCAAAAUCAAUGGUUGUAGAGGGUCAUCUCUGACUUAAUUAGAUAAAUGAAACCCAUUGUGUGUGAAGGUACUCAUAGCCAAAGUGGAAGAAUUAAUCCCUUCUCCCCUCCUCCAACUGAGACCUUCAGAGAAGGUGCUUCAGUCUCUGUACUAUUUUAGACUAUAAGCUGCUUUAUCUUUCUGUUAAGAAAUACUGAAUAAAACAUUUUUUAAACAAACCAAAUGAAUCAAUUAGUGACAUUUUCUGCUGUAAACCUUUUGAUAAUCAAAAACAUAAGUAGCAUUGUUAACAAUGCUAAAGGCAGUGUGUGUGUUCAUGGUGUUCGUUUCAUUUCAAGGUGAUGGCUGAUUGUCAGAUUAAAUAUAACCUGAUAGUAUAGUUUAGAGCAGUGUGGUAUGCCAUACUAGUAGGCAGAUUAGAUGUGAAGGAAGCUGCAUCUGUGGCAAACAAAUCAUUAGAGGGUAAAGGUUGAGAUGAUGGCCUACUUCUCUCUUCUUGAAGUGUCUCUCAGAAAAAAAUAUUUGCUGACCUGCAGAACAAUCUGCACAUGCAUUAUUUUGCUCCUGGCGUUACAAGGAAAUGGGAUAGAUUUCUUCAUUCUCUGUUUCCUACCCAUUCACCUUAGUGUCAUGCCUAGAGUUGUUUGUGUGAAGAGGAAUAUAUUAGCAGGAGCACCAGAAACAGUCUGAUUUUUAAUUCUUCCUUGGGACAGUAAGCACUUCUAGGAAGUAAAUACAGUGGUGCCUCGCAAGACGAAAUUAAUUCGUUCCGCGAAUUUUUUCGUCUAGCGAAUUUUUCGUCUUGCAAAGCACGAAAUCGCAUAGGAAUGCAUUGAAAAUCAAUUAAUGCGUUCCUAUGGUCAAAAAAAGUCCAAACAAAGCCACAUUUGGUACAACAAGAGUUUAUUAAGUGCUCUUUAAAGUCACACAUACUGUAAAGAGCAUUUCAAAAUUCAAACCCAGAAUUUUUUUAAAAAACAGCAGAGUUGCCCGAUGGUCACAGAAAAUCAUAAAAAUGCAGAAAAAAAACACACAAGCUUCCAGAUUCUUGCAAACCCCUCCCCAACUGUUCCCCCAGCCACCCAGCACACAGAAAUUCAAAUCCAGAAAUUUUUUUAAAAAACAGCAGAGUGGCCCAAUGGUCACAGAAAAUCAUAAAAAUGCAGAAAAAAACACACAAGCUUCCAGAUUCUUGCAAACCCCUCCCCAACUGUUCCCCCAGCCACCCAGCACACAGAAAUUCAAAUCCAGAAUUUUUUUAAAAAAACAGCAGAGUGGCCCAAUGGUCACAGAAAAUCAUAAAAAUGCAGAAAAAAACACAAGCUUCCAGAUUCUUGCAAACCCCUCCCCAACACCAAGUCCUUGAAUUCCAAACACCCCAACCCAAAAUCCAAAACCCCCCCAAAAAGUUUUAAAAGCUUAACUUACCAAAUGGCUGCAAAAGGAGUUUUGGAAAAGCUUCAGAAAUCACCGAAGUCUUUAAAAACUUCAAAAAAGGCUACUAUGUACACUGCGUUCUAUGAGUUGCUCCUCGAAGUCAAGUCACAACUGUAUUAACGGUGUUAAGCAAGGGGACCAAACUUGCAAGACGUUUUCGUCUUGCGAAGCAAGCCCAUAGGGAAAUUCGUCUUGCGAAGCAGCUCAAAAAACGGAAAACCCUUUCGUCUAGCGAGUUUUCCGUCUUGCGAGGCAUUCGUCUUGCGGGGCACCACUGUAAUGAUUGUGCCAUAAUUCCCCUACCAGUUUUACUUAGAUGGUUCUGGUCAAAUCUAGGUGUCCUCCUGUAAUUGUCUCCUGAAUGUUCCCUGUAACAUUACAACCCUGGGUCCAGAGAGAGAGGCUGUUUCUUUCUAAAUAUUCUGAUCAUUUAUAAAUAUAUGGUGUUUGCAAAGGAAAAGCACCAGAUCUAGUUGAACUGACAUAUAAACCAAGCAGGUUGCUUCUUGCCAACCUAACCUUUAUAGAUUUGAUUUUAUUUGUUGUUCGAACAUAUUUCUUUAACAAUCUGUAUUUCAGAAGACACUCACUUCUAAUUCCCAAAUAGCAUCUGAGCUGUUUAGUUAGAUGCUAAAUAUAGUUAAUGCUAAAUACACGUGUGUAAGCCAAACUUACCGGUACUUCAGUGGCAGUUGUUUCAAAGUAAGCAUGACUAGGUUAAUGGGUCAAUCUGUGAGGAAAAGCACUGACAAUAGAAUAUUUCAUUUCCUCUAGUUUAUAGUAAAAGUAAGUUUUUAAAAACUGAUUUAUAAAAAUGUCUAUGAGAAGCAUCUGUGUCCUGUUGUACCAACAGUUGGAAGGAAAUUUUAUGUAGAGACCUUUAUUACAAGGCUAAAUGAAGACUAUUCUAACAAUAGCACACUUUCACUUAUUCUAGAAAUACUGUCCUUUUCUCCUUUUUUUUUAGCUUUAAUGCUAUGUAUUUGUUCUUUUCUAGGAUCGAAACAGAAUGUAUGACAGUCUGAAUAUGCAUUCCUUGGAAAAUUCACUCAUUGAUAUAAUGAGGGCUGAACAUGAUCCUCUUAAAGGUAUGUUACUACUGUAGGUUACUGUUUCAGUCUGUAGGAGAGCUCUUUCACCAUUACUGUAUUUUUCCUUACUUGAAAAAAUUAAUGUUGCAUUGGUGUUUAAUCAUAUGCUUACACUGAAUAAAGCAAGAUAGGUCCUAUUCAGAUGUGAUUGUUGGAAGUUAUGCCCCUUUUCCACAGUUCUCUCCUGGAAAAGAUACGGAGAGAGCUUUGGGCUUUUAAAAAAUAUUAUUAUUUUCUUAAAUUUGUAUACCACCCAUCAUCCAAGUAUCACAUGUUCUCUUCCCUGCCCAAAUGAGGAAAUGCUGCAGGCAAAUAUCCCAUUAAAUCAAUUUCUUCUUGGUGAGCAGAAGAAUGAAGCAUAUUGGGAACCACAGGUGCCAACUCCCUGGGUGCCUUGGCUCUGUGGUUUAUUCUUUUGACAAUACAGUGGUACCUCGGGUUAAGUACUUAAUUCAUUCCGGAGGUCGGUUCUUAACCUGAAACUGUUCUUAACCUGAAGCACCACUUUAGCUGCCGCCGUGCGAUUUCUGUUCUCAUCCUGAAGCAAAGUUCUUAACCUGAGGUACUAUUUCUGGGUUAGCGGAGUCUGUAACCUGAAGCGUAUGUAACCUGAAGCGUAUGUAACCCGAGGUACCACUGUAUGUUUACAUUUGUGGCAUCAACAAUGAAGCAUUUAGAACUAUAAGCAUGUUUCAGAUUUAGAUUCUGACUGAGUCUUGCCCAGUUUGGGUUUGUUUUUAAAAUUCAUCUACAGGACUAUCCUGUACGUAUCUACAGAUAAGAAAGCACCAUUGACUUCCUGGGAUACAAACUCUCAGAUAAGUUUGCAUACCAUAGCCUACUAAAUGUAUGUAUUGACUACAAUGCUAAACACACUUAAUAGGAAUUAGGUCCCAUUGAGCUCAGGCUGGUGCUGCUACUUUAUUGAGAAUUGUAUUUAUGUUUGAAAAUCAGACUUUAAAGAAUAAAUUGGGUAACACAGAUUGAUUGAUUGAUUGAUUGAAUAAAUAAAUAAAUAAAUAAAUAAAUAAAUCUUGGAUUAAUCAGGGUCUUGAUUUUGUCAGGAUUUAGAAAAGCAAUUUAACAGAAUGUCAAUUCUAUGAAGUAACAGCUUGUUGCCUUUUCAUCGUUUUGUAUCUCUUAAUAGUCCUUAAAUAGCUAUAAUAAUCUAAUCUUGUAAAUAAGCCCACGAAGUUUCAAAAGUUUUUACUCGUUUUCUCGAUGGUGGCAUAGGAGGAACCAAGAGCUCUAUCCCACCUCCACCAGUCCACUGAAGGGGGGGGGGGGCUUCCUUACUUUGAUAUCCUACUUGUUUCCUAUGUGGUAUACAGAGGAGGGAUGGUGGGCUCCAUCCUUCAUCAACCAUCUCCCACUGCCUUGUCUGCCUACCAUCCUUGUGGCUUCUGAUGAGUCCUUAAAUGCACAACUGUAAUAAUUAUUUGAUGAGGGCUAUCAUUAGUAUAGUUUAAAGUUACUAAAACUAAUCAUUUUUUGAUCCAGAAAGGGCUUUUUCUAUUAUUUUUGUUCACAGUGAUUUAAACAACUUCUCCCAAAAUGCUAUUAUUGCCUGACUUCCAGUCUUUCAUCGCUGUCUUGAUAACCCUUACAGUUGUAAUGGGAACGUCAUUCUGCAAUGGUUGAAUGAGGAGCUCCAGAGAUGCAUGCACAAAAUCUGGAAUGAGGAGUGCAGAAUUGUGUGCUGCACCUGCUCCAGUUCAUUUUGAUGGGGCUUAUGCAGAGAACAUUUUGUUAAGUUGUUCCUUAGGAGCCUAAACUGAAGAUUUGCUGAGUGGCAACAUAAUGCAUUAUUUGGAGCAUAUCCACAUUACAUCGCUCAUCAUUCUCCUAUUAUGUUAGCUCAGUAAAAUGUACAGCUGCCUUGAAAGUACAUAUUUUUUAAAAAUUAAAAAAAUUGUCCAGUAGCACCUUAGAGACCAACCAAGUUUGCUCUGGGUAUAAGUUUUUGUGUGCAUGCACACUUCUGAUCAGCGUUCUGUACUCUAAACAGAAGCAAACAAAGGAGGAACUCUUCUGAAGAAGUGUGCAUGCACACGAAAGCUUAUAACCAGAACAAACUUAGUUGGUCUCUAAGGUGCUACUGGAAAAAAAUUAAUUUUCUAUUUAUAUAUUUUGACUGCGUCAGACCAACACGGCUACCUACCUGAAUCUACAACUAUUUAAGAUUAAGGUGCAAAAAUUGCAGGGUUAAAUGGAAUUGUGCCAUUGCUGCCCCUUCUCCUGUGCUGUCCAUAGUUAGAUUAUAGGUGGUACUAGGUUUGCCAAAUCAGAAUAUUAAAAAUAAAAGAUGCAGCUGGGCAAUCACGUUGGGGGCUUUUGAUCUGAAAUGAGGGGACCUUACUUUUGUAUGUCCUGGACACUGAUUUCACUCAGUAAAGUAUUGUAUUUUUAAAAAUGAGAAAAGGGAUGCUAAUCUAUAUAGAGUCUAAUUAAAUCUGUCUUAAAACAGAAAUUACUGCUUUCAUAUGUAUUUAGAUGCCUAUUUGAGUCAGUAGUAUUUAAUAUAUUCAGUUGAUCUAAAUUAUGUAUGCAAAGUCCUUCAUGAAUGGACCCUUCAUGAUUUGUCAUCGGUCAUCCUGAAGAGAGAGCAGUGAUUCUAAAAGCUGCAGUAUAUUAGUAUAUAUUUGGGGAUUAUAGCAGAUUUAUUUAGAGCUUGAGGUAAUAUGCCAGUCUUCCAUAUCAUAGUAAAACAAAGCAGCUGUUGUAUGUUACUAAAACUUCUUAGUAAAAUACAAAACCUUUUGUUAUGUGGUUCUAAAUAUUCAGAAUUCAAUUAUUAUAGGAGUUCUCUCUUUAGUAUUUUCUAACUUAAAUUCUAAAAUGUACCAGCCAGAAAACAUUCAUGGAACUUGUAUUAUCUUAAAAUAUGUAUUUAAAUGUUUGGAGUAAAUGAAAACCAGCUAUACCAGAAUAAAUGAUUUUGUUUGAGCUGUAGUGUCAGAAGAUGUGUUUGAGAUUUGAGCCGCUUGAUAUUUCUCCAGUGUAACUGAGUUUAAGCAGUUAGGUAGAAGUUUUCAUAGUAUGAAUGGAAAAGGAGACUUGGAAUAGUCGGCACUAUUUCUGGAUUUCUUGAAACAAAGAGAACCUUUGUCCUCUUGGAGCUGAUCCCAAAGCACAUUGCAGAUCUUAUGACCAGAGAAUUAAGGUUAAGAAGUUCAUUCUUUCAACUUAAGUUGGCUCAAGGGUGGAGUUGGCUAAUCGAGUAAAAUAUUAGCUGGUUCUGCUCUUGAACAAAAUGGAGUUAUGGUGCAUGGGUGUAUCCACGUAUAUAACCUUCUUGGUAGUGGCACUCUCCUUGUGGAACACCCUUCAGGUGUCGAGGAAAUAAACAACUAUCUGACUUUUAGAAGACAUCUGAAGGCGGUUCUGUUUAGGGAAGUUUUUAAUGUUUGAUGUUUUAACGUGUUUUUACUAUUCUGCUGGGAGCAGCCCAGAGUGGCUGGGGAAACCCAGCCAGAGAAGUGGGAUAUAAAUAAGAAUUUUUUUAUUUUUAUUAAGUAUUUUUGCACAUCUUCUUUUUUCCAUUGAAUAUAAUGGCUAAAAUCCUGCAACUAUUUGUUCUUAGGUCGUUUGAAUUACCCACAUCCAGGAACUGACAAUCUUCUAAUGUUAAAUGGUAAGAGCUAGUCUUCUAGCAGUUUAAUUUGCUAUUAUCAUAGUAAGCUUAUUUUUUUAAGUACCGCUGCAUUCUGUUACUGAAUAAUCCACAAAUAAUCAAAGAUAGCCAGCUUUUUUGAGAACCAUGGCUGUCUUCCACUUCCAAAAAGUAGUAGCUCAUUUUACAGUAUGUUUAUAUAUCGUUGUAUCCAGUGCAUUUUGUGUGUGGAAGUACUCGACAAUGUGGAGUACUGGUUUCUCUAUUUUUGCUGCUCACAGAAGCCAUUUUGUGCUAGCACCCACAAAACUUACAUCAAUAUAAAACUACUGCCGUUAAAAUAAAAAAACAGAAACCAAAUUUACUAAUUCCAGCAUUUCAGGUAUGCUUUUCCUCCUCCAUCUGCUUUAUUUUCUACCAAUAUAUGACAAUUCAUUUGAAAUUUUGUCAUCUGACACACUUACUUUACAUGGUUGAAAUAAGUUUGCUUUUCUGUAAUGAUGCUUCCUGCAAAUUGUGUUUGCUACCAGGGGUGCCAACUUGAAUAAAAUACUAUGGGGGCCCGGGUAAGCCCUGGCCCACAUAAUCUAUCACAUGAUGCAGUGCACACAUACAAUUUGAAUGAGAAUGCCCAUCAACUUUGUGGGGGCCUGGCCCCCUCAGAUAUUUUAUUAUGGGGACUAAAGCCUCCAUGGCCCCUAGGAGCUGGUUCCUGUGUUUACAACUAAAAGGAUUUAGAUUUAAAACACUCCUUGGGUGCAUAGGAUUGCAAGUCUUACUUGGAACUAAUGAAAUCAGUGGGAUUUACUUCUGAAUAAAUAUGCAUAUAAUUAUGCUGUUAGACAAUAGAGUGAGGGCAUUUGCAGUUUCAUAAACACAGAAUUCCAUGAUCUACUGUACAGUUUGCCAUGCUUGCAUUUAUGAAUAGUGAAGAAUUCAAGUUUUAAUACUUCAUAUAAAUGCAAAAACAAAUCAGAAUUGCCACGACCAUAGGAGCGUACAGUGGUACCUCGGGUUAAGUACUUAAUUCAUUCUGGAGGUCCGUUCUUAACCUGAAACUGUUCUUAACCUGAAGCACCACUUUAGCUAAUGGGGCCUCCUGCUGCUGCCGUGUCACCGGAGCACGAUUUCUGUUCUCAUCCUGAAGCAAAGUUCUUAACCCAAGGUAAUAUUUCUGGGUUAGCGGAGUCUGUAACCUGAAGCGUAUGUAACCCGAGGUACCACUGUACAUAGAUCUGUUUUUUUCAUUAUUAACAGUAGUAUAUACUGUAGUACAGUCAUGGGAGAGAUAUUUGCAUUGACAGUUAAAGGUAAAGGGACCCCUGACCGUUAAGUCCAGUCACGGACGACUCUGGGGUUGCAGCGCUCAUCUCGCUUUACUGGUCAAGGGAGCUUCUGGGUCAUGUGGCCAGCAGGACUAAGUCACUUCUGGCGAACCAGAGCAGCGCACGGAAACGCCGUUUACAUUCCCGCUGGAGCGGUGUCUACUUGCACUUUGAGGUGCUUUCGAACUGCUAGGUUGGCAGGAGCAGGGUCUGAGCAACGGGAGCUCACCCCGUCACAGGGAUUCGAACCACCGACCUUCUGAUCGGCAAGCCCUAGGCUCUGUGGUUUUGACCACAGCGCCACCCGCAUCCCUUGAAUUGAUAGGAUGUUGCAAAAAUCAGGUAUUACAGGAUGUUGUAAAGAUUAGAUAUUAUAUUUAUUUAUUAAGGGAUUUCCCACCCCACAACUUUUGAAACACACAAAUAUAGAAACUAAGCAAUAUAAAAAUAAUGGUUAGAAUGUUGGGUUAUGACCUGAGAGACUCAGCCAUGGGCCAGUCACCAUCUCUUAGCCUAACGCCCUAACCUACCUCACAGGGUUAUUGUGAGGAGGAAAUGGGGAGGAGGAAAACCAUUUGUACCACCUUGAACACUUUGGAAACUCAAACAAACAAGUGUGUGUGUGCAGAAUAUAUUAAUCUAAUUAUUGGUAAUUGUGCAGGUUGGUAGUCCAGUACUUAGUAUGCAUUUCAAACUGUACAAAUGGUGUUUAAAAUGGUGGUUUAUGAAGAUUUUCUCCAAAAGGAGUUUAGACCAGCAUAAGCAUUAAAAAUACCACUCAGUAGUAAAGAUCUGCUAGAUUAAAAGUAUUUUUUUUGCUGGAAUUAUUCCCUGAUACGAAUUUACCAAGUGGUAAGGUUUUCUUCCGUUGUUGUUGUUGUUGUUGUUGUUGUUGUUGUUGUUGUAGUAUUAAUAAAUAUGUGGUAUCAUAUUUUUUUUUCUUGACAUGCACUCUAAUAUGUGAUAAAAUGCUGGAGACCUUAAGUAAGGCUUUUCGUAUGUGUUUGUGUUACUUAUUUAUAUUUCCCUUACCAAGGUAGUACUCAAGAUAGGUACAGUGGUGCCCCGCAAGACGAAUGCCUCGCAAGACGGAAAAACCGCUAGACGAAAGGGUUUUCCGUUUUGGAGUUGCUUCGCAGGACGAAUUCCCCUAUGGGCUUGCUUCGCAAGACGAAAAUGUCUUGCGAGCCUUGAAAUUUUUUUUUCGCUUUUCCCCCCCUUUAUCUAAUCUGCUAAGCCUUUAAUAGCCUUUAAUAGCCUUUUAGCAGCUAAUCCCCUAAGCCUUUAAGCCUUUAAUAGCCGCUAAACCGCUAAUAGCGCUAAUCCGUCAAUGGGCUUGCUUCGCAAGACGAAAAAACCGCUAGACGAAGACUCUCGCGGAACGGAUUAAUUUCGUCUUGCGAGGCACCACUGUAAUUGGAAAAGCUGGUAAAUUGAUAAUCUUAUUAGUAAAAAAGAUGGGAAUAAAUUUCUGUGAGCUAUAGAAUCGCAUCGCUAUAGUUUUCUUCUCUACUUCUCCACAUGUUUCAGAGUUUAUAUUUAAGAUUUCUGGUGCAGGUCGAACCAUUUAAAUAUUUGCAAUUUUUGUGAGUGAGUGUAUUCUUUAAGAACAAUAAAUCGAUGUUUGCAUACUACGAAAACUUGCUAGUUAUUUGUAGAAUACACUGACUAGAAAUUGUAAUGAAGUAGAAUAGAAAAUCUCAGUGCAAUGUGCCUCUUUGACCCAUAAUAAUAAAAGAUUCUAUCCCCGUAAUCACAAGAUCACUACAGAGUGCAAACUUAAAAGGUGUUUGUUUUUAAAUGAGAAACUUUAGACAUAUUCCUGAAGUUAGUUUUCUGUGAUGACUUAGCUUGGUGAUGUGUUCAUGAGUAAUCUAGAUUUUAAGGUGUGUAAUUAUACAAAAUGGAUGACUUCACAGACUUAACAGCAAUGUAAAACAGGACAUUAGAAGCUUAAGAGCAAUAAUACCACCAUAUUUUUUAAAAGGUAGAUUCCCUGCCACACCCCAAAGAGAAUACUUCAAAGACAGGAGCAAAUUUUUAAUGACCUCUUUGAAAUAGCACUAUUUCAUAUUUACAACCUCCUUCCCUAAAUAUGUACUUUAGCACACAAGUGAGAAAUAGAUGAGCUUCUCUCAAUUUACCUCUUGGUAAUAUGUGUUUGCUCUACAUUAUGAAUGUUCUGGUAGUUAUAAAACCCCUGACAAUAAUUUCAGAUGCAGGGCUAAGAUUUUUUUGUGUGUGUGAAUAUUGCUGACUUUAUUCUUGCAUUUGUAAAAUGUGAAAUGCUUGCACUUCUAAAUAUAGAACAUUUCUGCUACAUUGCAAGCAGAUACCUGCAGCUUUCUGUUCGGGAUAGAAUGUGGAAACAUCUUUUCAUAUAGUUCUUGACAGAUAAAUACACAAUGGAGGCGAUAGGGUUAAACAGUUCUUGUCUUCCUCCUUUGCUGAGCAAGUGAGCCGCAGGAUGCGUUCUCCUUGGCCCUUCCCAACCUUUGAAGAAAGCAUGGCAUCUUAUGGCCCCACAAACACUUGUGAGACAACCAAGCCAUUCAGUAGACUGAGUUGGCCUUAUUGCUUGUGCAGCUGAGAUUUAGUUACAGAAUGUAUAUACCGCUUAAUAUAAAUAAGUAUCUAAACUGUUUACAUAAGUCAGAAAAAAACCAACAUUAAUGUAACAAUAACGUUGAAAUUAGACUUUCUAACAAUUCAGUAAAAACAUAUAUUUUAUAUCGUAAGUAAAACUGAAAAGAAUUUAAAAGUUAGGAUUUGGAGUUCAGGAAAGCUUGGCUAAACGAAUAUUAGAAAGGUGUUACUAUCAAAGACCUGCUCCCAUUUUGUUACCAAGUGACAAUCCACUGAUUGUGGAAUGCCCAGCAGAAUCUCCUCAGAGGACUUUAAAGCUUGGAUUUGCUGGGGAAGGUGGUCAACUAGGUACCCAGGUUUCAAGUUGUUUGGGGCUUUAAAUGUUAGCAAACGGACCUUCAACCUAACUUGGUGGCUAAUAUUCAGCCAGGGCAUAUCUUUCAGAACUGUUGUCCUACUGAGCACGCUAUCAGCUGUAUUUUGCUCUAGCUGCAGCUUCCAAAAAAAGUGUAAGGAUAGCCCCACAUGUAGUACAUUACAAUAGACUAAUUGUGAGAUUAUCAGGGUCAGGCAUGCCAAGUGGUGAGGGCUGAACUACCACUAUCCUCUUGAUUACCUUGCUUAGAAAAGGUGUAUUCAUAGAAUUGUAAAGUUGGAAGGGACCCUGAAGAUAAUCUAAUCCAACUUCCUACAAUGAAGAAAUAUGUAGCUGUUCCAUAUGAGGAUCAGACUUUCAACCCUGGCAUUAUUAGCACCACGCUCUAACCAACUGAGCUAUUUAAUGACCAGAGAAGGUAGUUAUUUUUUAAGGAGAGCUUCCACCAUCAUCUCUUCCAAGACAAUGUGGACCACUCUGUCAUGCUCUGAAUCCACCCAAUCAUUUUGCCAUGGAUAGUACAUGACCUAGAAGGGCAAGAGUCAAAAGAGCGUAAGAUUUGCUGCACAGCUGCGGGUGGCAGGUGUCAACAACUAAAACUGAUCCCACAAGAAGAUUCAUUAGACAUAUCAACAGGCACUGAAUCAGCAGCAGCAUUCAAGUCUGCAAUUUUAUCCUCAAAGUGACGCAAAAAAUGGCACAGUGGGCUUCCAAUGUCUCUAAAACUGAGUUCAAAGGGAUGUUCUGCUGGACAGAUACUUGAAGGCAUGAUGGAGGCAGCAAAGAAGGCAGCCCUUGCUGCUGCACAGCAAGCCCAGUUAUGUACUCUUAUGCCCUCCCAACCAAAGCGCUCCAGUUGUCUCCUGUUCUGUUUCAUUGCCAGGAGAGGUCUCCAGUAAACCAAGCGGCAGUCCAAGGUUUACAGUGUCUUGACGCCACCCUGGUGCUGUUGUGUAAACAGCUGUUCCUCUCCUGCUGCACAUCAAGAUGACUUAGGUCAUGAAAGCUUAUGCCUUAAUACAGUAAGAGUUUAAGGACUCAGCUAUAGAGCUGCAAACAAAAUGUUUAAAGUGUGUUUUAGUGCAAUAUACAAUGUGACACUACGUGGCGAUGGUGAGCCUUAUGGAAAAUUUGAUGUAUUUUUUAAAAUGCUUUUUUUUAAAAUAAAGCAUUUUCAGAAUUUUAUAUAUAUAUAUAUAUGUGUGUGUGUGUAGAUUCCACCUAAGUCAGUCAAUUUGGUUUAUUGUGUUUAGCAAGCAGCCAUUACACACAUAAAAUAAUAACAGGAAUACUGCUACUAAUAAACAUUUCUACUCCCCAACCCCUAGUGGAUAAAUCAUUUCCCAUUCCCCCCUCAAGUUUUGUUACAUGAAAUAUGUAAAGCCUUAACAAGAAAUUUAGAUGUUCUAAGGAUAUCUCUCUCUCUCUCUCAACAUCAGACAGCAAAAAACAGGUAUUUGCAAGAGAUGACCUACCCCUCUGCGAUCUUAGCAAUGGGUGGAUGUAAUUGUUUCGUCAUAGAAAGGGCACGCAAGGAGUACAUGAGUUAUGUCUUCUAUUGAUAUAGAGUUGCAGCCAAAUAUGUAAGAGUUUAAGGUACCAAAAGGCUGAUAGUUGUUUUUUUACUCCAUGGUGAGAUACUGGAUGAUACUUUUGCAGAUGCCCUGCAUCCUGUGCAACUGUCAGUAAAUAUGCAGCUGGCUUGGUUGAGCAGUUUUUAGAAGCCAUAUGGACUGUUUAUUCCUCUGUGUCAGUCAAGGUGAAAUUCGUUAGCAUUCAUCAUUUGUCUCUACUGCUUUAAGGGCAUCACAGCAGUCUUCUCUGUAGCAGAUUGCAUUAGUCAUGUCAAAGUGCUGUCAUGGUAAUAGGUGGCUUCAUCAUGGAGUCUGAGGUACCAUUUGUCAGAAUCCACCACCACAGCCUUCUAGUGCUACCAUGCUUCUAGUGCUACCACAACAAAUUAUAAGUUAUUUUCCUUCUUAUUUUGCAAUUAGGCUCAUUUGAGUGCUUUCCACAACCUGCUGCAUGUGGUCAUACUUGAUAAUACAGCUGUACUUAGGCUUUGUGAGUAAAUGACAGUUGUGGCUGGGGAGGGGAGGCAGUAGUAUAUUGAUGGUGGUGCUAAGCUCAUCAGGUUGGGGUAAGGUGGUGGCAGCAGCAACGUUAAGGAAGCUCGCUGGUGGUGGUAGCAGCUCCACGGUGAAUCCAGAGCUGCCCUGACCUUGCCCCACUCUCCCCUUGUAUCAACAUGUACAUUGCCGCUGCCCUGGGAGGAUGCCACUGCUAGACACUGUAUAUUGUGGGUAUUUUAAUUUGUAAAAUGCCUGUAAUCUUAAUGAUUGAAUACUAGAUACAUUUCCAGUCUGCCAGAGGAGGAUUUCUCUAUUCUGAAGACUUUUAUGUGCUUGUAUACAUAUGUAUAUGUAUGGUACAUUGUUGUACCAUUAUUGUUUAGGGAAGCUUUUAAUGUUUGACGCAUUAUUGUAUUUUAAUAUUUUGUUGGAAGCCACCCAGAGUGGCUGGGGAAACCCAGCCAGAUGGGCAGGUAUAAAUAAAUUAUUAUUAUUAUUUAUUGCAAGAUCCAAUGGAAAUAUAAGUUUCAUUCUAUCUGUAAUUCGAACAAUUAUUUUAGCUAAUUAUUUUGUUUUUCUACAAUUGUUAGGUAAAUACGCUUGUACUUGGAUGAUAAUCUUUGGAAAGAAACGGCAUACAUGUAUGGUUGAUGAUAUUGGAGGGGGAGACUUUUUGCACAGGGGGUGAUAGCUGACAGGAGUGAAGUCAAUGUACAGUGGUGCCUCGCAAGACGAAAUUAAUCCGUUCCGCGAGUCUCUUCGUCUUGCGGUUUUUUCGUCUUGCGAAGCACGGCUAUUAGCGGCUCUUAGCGGCUAUUAACGGCUUAGCGGCUUUAAGAAAAAGGAAACGAACUCGCAAGACAUUUCGUCUUGCGAAGCAAGCCCAUAGGGAAAUUUGUCUUGUGGAACGACUCAAAAAACGCAAAACCCUUUCGUCUAGCGAGUUUUUCGUCUUGCGAGGCAUUCGUCUUGCGGGGCACCACUGUAGUAAGAAUCCAUUGAACUUUGUUUGAGGAUGGCAUGUAAAUACUAAGAAAUGCAAGCAAACAAGUAGCUGUAAAGCAUGGUUUACCUGUUGGGCUCAUACUGUGGCUUAGGUCCUAAAAUAUGACUGCCUCAAGCCAUUGCUUGACGCCUGAAUUGAACCACAUGAGUCACUCCCAUACAGUCAGCUGUUUGCACUGUGAAUGCUGCUCUUAUGUUUAAUUCUCUAAUAUUUUAAUGAAUGUUUUAAAUUUUGUAUAUUGUAUAUUUUUAUUCUCUGGAAGACCCAUAUGAGGUGAAAAAGCUGUGUGUGUGUGUGUGUGUGUUAGUUAAAGUAAGUGCAUGCACAGCAUAUGCUAGUUCUUCCGUGCUACAGUAACUGGAAAGCUGGAAGUAGGAGUUAGGGCUAGAAUGACUUUUAGUCCAUAAGAAGCUCCCUUAUCCAAAGUCUGACGACCUGGCUCUAUUACUGACACAAACAGGCAGUGGCUGUUUCCAUACCUAUGCAUGACACUUUUCCACACUCUUAAAAAUCGGAGAGAACAGAGUCUGGCACAAUAAUGUCAUGUGGCUAUUUGUGGCCAGAGUAGAGGGCCCAGAGAGAGAUCAGGACUUCUAUUACAGCUAUAUGUGAAACACUCUGAGCCUUUAAACUGCAAAAAAGUCAGCAGUGAUUCUGUCACACUUGAGUUGCCAGGGAAAGAGGUUUUUUUUUUACUUAUCUGCAAGACUAAUCUAAGAUCAAAAGGAGUCUCUUGUUUGAGACAAAAGCCUUUGAGUUAAUUUUCUUCCAGCUGUUUUCAUGGCAAAUGAAGGUCAUAGCUUAUAGUAUUUGUAUUACCACUGCAAAAGAAGUACAAAAUGUCCCAAGAGUCAGGACAUUUCUCAGAGUCAUUUGCAUAUUUCUACACUGAAAAGAAUCAAAGUGCUCUCUGUUAAGAGUAAAGCUCUGUUCAUCUUGUUUAUACUCCAUCCUGAAAGCUGAAAAUGGGAAACACAGUUUUAAAAUAUUUACACGCAGUGUGUGAUAUUUGUUACAACUAAUACAAACAGAAUUUAUAAGGCAUUAAAAUAUUAAAAUUUAAAUAAAAUUAUCCAAACCAUUUUCAUACAUGCAUAGGAAGUGUCUCUGGUGCUCAUGAAAUGAAAGUAAAAAUGCACAUCAUAAACAAACACUGCAGACUAAAUUUGGUAUACACACAAAUCACUUACAUUAUAUUUGUAUUUCCAAAUGUUUUACCAUUUGUCCUUUGUUUACAUGCAGCAAGGAGUUAUGGGCGAAGACGAGGUAAUUCCCUUCUGUUUCCUAUAAUAAAUCUAAUGCUGAUUGGGGUUAGAUUGGCUGUUAUUCUGAUAAUUACUCCAAAUCAGUGAUUCUGAAGGUGCCAUUUACUUCUCAUUGAAGUUGGUGGUAAACUAACAAUUUAUUAAUAAUAGAUUGUUCCUUUCAUUUUGCAUGACCAGACUUCAGCAAAAUCUUUAUCUGCUUUAGAUACUGAUUUUAGUAUUAUCUAAAUGUUGAUGCUUGAUUUCCCUCCCUCCUUAUUCACAUUCUUGUUUACAGUAAAUACUUCCUGAAUAGGCUUCUUAAAAAUCACACCUUCCCCUCCUAAAAAAGUUGUUUCAUUCCAUCAGCAAAUUUCAGAUUCAAUAUACAGUUUUAUAUAGACUAAAACAACUCUUAGAAGCAUAGCUCCACAUCUAGUGGUUCAGAUCUCAAACCAUGAUUCUCAGAUAUACUCAGCUUAAAUGACUUAUUAAUAGGGUAAAUAUUAAUUUCACGACCGAGUGCCUGGGUCAUGAAGGAAAAUAGUUUGAUGGCAAGACCACCUGUCUAUAGAGAGAGGAUGAUCAUGAAUGGAUCACAGAUUAUCAUGGAUGGAUUUUGAUUACAUUUGGUUAAUCAGAUUUCCAACCAUGGGGAUUGGAGCAAGUCCCUCAUGAAACUGUAUAUUUGGUCCUAGUAACUGGGUUUGAAUUGUCCAGGCUACAUAAUAUUAAGGUUAGAUUACUGUAAUGCAUAAUGGGGAGGCUACUGUUGUUUUACCCCCUGCUUUUGAAGUGUCCUGGCUUGGCCUGCCUUGAAACAGUGAUACGAGAUAAACUCUAAACUGAAGUAUUGAAACGAAUGUAUUUUGGAGUCAUGAUAAGAAAAGAAUAGCCUUCUCAAAGUGGACCAUGGACUACAGCAAAAGAGAAUGUAAUUGCUGAUGCUGAGAAGGUCUAUAUCUGAAAUUUUAACCAGUUUUGCAACACUGGAAAGCCAUAGUUAUCUCAAGCAAUGCUAUAUGUACUUUCCUGUAAAUAUAGCACUAAAAUAAAAUGUGUUCUGUGGGACUCAUUGCUUGAGACACAUAAGUGAUUUCCACUAUCUAAUGGCAAUGGGCAUUGGUAAAUAAUAUAUUGGUUUAAAUUAAGAGAAAUAUGGGGAAACACCACAGCAAAGAUAUUCUUGUCACCAUGACCCAAAAUCCACAAUGGGGCAAUACAGUUAUUAGGACUAAGUGAACCAUCAUAAAAUACUGAGAAAGUGAUUGACUUCUCAAACAUCUCCAUCAGGCUAAAGUCUAACAAUAUAACAUGGGAGGGAAAAGAGAAAAGUUUGGUGUGAUGUUAAAGGCAUGAUACCUUCAUAUUUUAACUGCCCCAAGAAGGUUUACAGAAGGAAGUGUACAGACUUAAUUAGAUUAGUCCCUGUUAGAUGCUGAAUGGACCUUCAGAUUUAUGUUUUUAUAUAUUUCAUAGGUUUUUAGCCCACUUUUUAGGCACCACUGCCUCCCAAUCUGAUUUGCAACUGUGCAUAAAUAUACCCAUAGAAUCAAACAAUAAAAUCAUUUAAAAAUACACAGUUACAUCCAAAAAUAUACAAACCAUACAAGAAAUUAAAAAUAAUCUAGCUCAGUCAGCAAAAUGAGCAUCCAAUUUACAGAUCCUAGAUUAGCCCUCAAAGAUCACCAAAAAUGAGUCUUCAAGGCUCAUUUAAAAGUAGUGAUAUCUUGCUUUGAAUCAAGUUCCAUAAUUAGCUGCUGAAAAGGCCUGUUUCCAUGUGCCUAAUUUUUUUUAAUAGGUAGGUGUCUGAAAAGGGCCUCUGAAGUAGAUCUUAAUGAACGGAUAGGCAGACCAAGUGCAAGGUAGCCCUUAAAGUAACUUACUUUCAAGCUGUUUAGGGCUUUAAAGGUCAUCACCAGUGGUGACGCACUGGUAACCAGUUCAGCUGGCACAAUUUUGGCGAAAUUGUUCCAUCCACCUGGGCCCAAUGAGUAGUCAAGACAGCCACAUUUUGUACCUGUUGACAUUUUUGAACAGUCUUCAAAGGCAACCCCUUAUAUAGAGUAUCAUAGUAGCCUAACCUGGAAGUCACUAGUGCAUGUAUAGCUGUGGCAAAGGUAUGUUACCCCUAUAUAAGUUCAUAGUUGGUGUUCCAGUGGGAGAUGGGGAAAAGUGCCCCUGGUCACCAUGAAGCCAAAUUGGGUAGCAUUGCCUUCUUGUUUUGGAGGAUAUGUAGCAUUCCAGAAUGUAAACUCCCCUAUUUAGGUGGCUGAAAAUCAUAACCUGCAGUUUCAGGUGCUCUCACCUGGGUAGCUAAAUUUGAUAUUCUCCAAGAUACAUAAAAUGCAUAUGUAUCCAUGGUUACAUAUUUUUCAGUGGCUCACUGUAUUGGAUAGAACCAACACAUCCUCAUUAAUUCCACAUAACUUACUGAAAGGACCAAGAAAUUCAGUGGUAUCCAUGUCACCACACCUACCACUGCACAGAAUCCAGAUGAAACUCGUGACUUAAAUCUCUGAUACUAUAUUAUUUCUGAUAGCAAUUGCUUGGCCCACACUUUGGAAAUCACAGCUAAAGGUGAAAUACACAAAGGUACCAAUAAUCCUUAUAGGUCAUCCACUUCCUUACCAGGGUGCCAUUUUGUAGCUGGCUAAUUUGUUCCAAAUACUUGGAGGUGAGUGAAUGGGUGCCAACGCUAUCAUUUGGGAAGCUUUGUGCAUAUUGGCUGGUGAACAUGUAUGCUUGCGCGCACACACACACACACACACACAUACACAGCUGUCUCAGCAAUAUCCAACAUCACGGAAGCAAACUUACACUUUGUCUUCUCCCUCCUGUGUUCCCUUAAAAUGUUGCUCUGAAGGUUCUCCCAACCCUCUGGAGCAGAUUUUAGGGACACAUUGGUGGGGGUGGGGGCUGCAGAAAGGAGUGCAGGAGGAGGAACCCUCACCACGUAAAUGGAAGUCUGUCCUGCUUGUGCACAGACAGCAUUGGAUAUCACCCUGUUUCCAGUGGAGGAUGUUUCUUUGUUAAUAUGUAUUGAUGAAAGAUGUUAUGUAUGCAAAAGAGAGAACUUUUGACUCUCAUUCUGCCCUUUGCACUUCACUUUGUGGUGUUUUCUUAAUUAUGUGGGUGUUGUUGCUAUGACAACAUGAGCUUUUUGGGUUAAGAGGCUAACAGCAUGUUAAAUGUUCUUUUCUCCUGCUUUGUGGAGUUGGCAUUCGUAUCAGUUCACCAUAGUUUUAUUCAGAUUCUUUUGGUUUGGUUAUAAUUCUUCUGUUCCUUUUUUCAAAUAUUUCUUUCCUCUAGGGCAAAAGUGCAUCUUUCCACUACCUCUUUUAGGGUGGUGGCCUGCAUAGUCUUGCAAGGAACCUCAUGAUAACAUGACUCUGCAAUCAUGAAAUUGCAUCCUAAGUCUUUUGUUUGUUUUGUUUAAAAUAUUUUUGGUCUGACUUUCAGCCUUCCAGGUUGCUCACAAUUUCAUAUGAAAAUAAUAGAUACGGUAUAAAUAACAGUAAAAUAAUGACAGAUGAGACAUCUCCAGCAGCAAAUUAAGUAACGUGUUUUUUCCUGGUGCCUAACCAUCAAGUUGGGUGAAUAGGUAUCGGGGAGUGUGGUCUUCAAAACAACAAGAAAGUACCAAGAAGUUGCUCAGCUCACUCCUAUGGUGGGGGAAUGAAGAACCGGGUCUUCAGCAGAUAGUUUAGCAGCCAUAAGGGAAUAGAUAUCAUGGUCCAUGGCCUUAUGGAACUUUAUAGGUCAAAACCAGUUGUUCCUGGACAUGAACUGGUAGCUAUGAAAGGUCUUCAUUUACAGGUGAAGUAUACUCAUUUCUAGAUGUCCUAGCAAACAACCUAGCAACUGCAUUCUGAAUUAUUUGUGGCCCCCAAAUAAUAGUUAACCACAGUACUCCAGCGUGGAUGUUGCCAAGGCAUGAGUGACUCUAGCUAGGCACAUGUCUUUAAUAAAGAUUGUAACUGGCAUAUCCUAGCAGCCAAAACACUUCAUCUCAUCUAAAACAUCUACAUAUAAUCUGCAAUGCCUGAUUUUAAGGCAUCACACAAAUUGUGGACCAGAUUAUUUAAUAGGAGUAGAACCCCAUCCAAGACAGACCACCCCUUUUAUUUUCUGGUCAAUUCACACCAACAAACAUUACUUUUGUUAUAUCUUAGUUUUAUCUAGUUUGAGUUGGUUUAUUAGACCACUACUAACUCCAAAUACCUGUUCUGAAUAUUCACAACCCCACUUGGAUUGGAUUUGAAGGAGAAAUGCAGGUGUCUUCUGUAUAAUACUUACUAAACUUUAUUCCAAAUCUCCAAAUGACCUCAUUUGGUGGUUUUAUGUUAAAUAGCCUGGGAAACUCUUAACAUAAGCAUCAUAGGGCAGGCCAAGUGUCUACCACCACCUCCUUCUUUACUUGAAAGAUUUUUUUAAAAAAAAAUAGACAGGGAUGGGCUCCCUCUGUCUCUCUUCCUGUAUAGAUCUUUCAUAAGGGUGGCCCAAGUGUUCCGUACAAGGUUGAAAGUCACACUGAAAUUGGUUUAGAUAAUCAGCUUCAUCUAGGAUUUCUGGAGCUAAAUUGUUACUAACUGCUGGAGAGACUCCCUGGGGAAAAAGUUAUCAGUGAACAGUCAAUUGUUACCAAAAUCAUCAGUGGUCAAAAACAGCUUCUACAGGAGCGCCUCAUAACUGUUGCCAUCAAGGCGACCAAAAUUUGGUUCAUUUCUCAGUGAAGCAUUCAUUGUCUCCUGGACCCAGCCAAUCAUCCUCUUUACCCUGUCCAGCCAAGAUGUACAAAGGUUGAGUGCACAAGUGUAAGUCAUACCCCUCCAAGCACCCUGUCAGCAUCCUUGGCCUCACUAAUGGAAACCUAUCCAAGUAGAAGUAACUAAUGCUCUCAUGGAAGCAGCUCUUUUUGCACUGAAAACAGUGUGGAGCCCAUAUUAAAGGGCAUCUGAUUGUUUCACUCUGUGAAAUUCCUUCACAAAUAAGUCACAGUGAGCCACUUUGCUAUUUAAAUACUCAGAAACGAGUCUGGAUAAAUUUCAUUUACGUACAUACAAUAUUUCCCCUUCCCUCUUUUUUGAAAACAACCACCACCUUGUAUAUGUUUAUUUCCUUAAAGGAGGCAUUCCGAGCAUAAUGAGUUCAUAGGCAAUCUGUAGGAAAAUAGAAGGGCAACAAUACCAAACAAAAUGAAAAGGCAUACCUUGGCAGGUACUAAAAAAAUGAGUACUUUAUUUAGAAAAGCAUUCCUAAGUUCUGUUAUGGCAAACACAUUUUGAGUAUGACAUCUUCUCACCAGAGGCAGUACUUUUCUUCUGAAUGAGACGUUCCUUUGUAUUUUGGGAGUGCUCUCUGAAAAGACAAAGAAACUUCUCAUUCCGGAUACAAGAAGUAUCUACUGCCUCUGGUGACGAGAUGUCAUACUCAGAAUGUGUUAGCCAUAAUAACGGAGCAUAGUAAUGCUUUUGUAAAUACUGUGUGGUAUCCGACAUCCUUGCGCAGAUGGAAUGAGUUUGUUGGACACCACCCAAUGAAUAAUAUUUUUUUCAGCACCUGGUGAGCAUUGUCUCGUUUGUUUGGUUGCUGUUUUGUGUUUUUGUUUCCAAGCAAAUUCCUGUCUGGUUGCUGAGCCUCAGUGCCAAUCAGGUGCUUUCACACCAUAGCUGAAUUAAAAUUUGUUUCAGUCACAAAAGCUUUCCCAAUAAACUGAGAAAAAUCUACUCUGAAAUACCAUUAUCUUCUGUAGUUUCCUCUGAACCAGUCAGUUAGGCAUCUAUGCCCAGUUUCAUUGGAACAUAGGAGAUUUAGCAAUAUGUAUGACAUCCCUCUGGUUUUAUGUGCAGUUUGACAAUUGCUGGCAAAUGGAACAUAUUGGACUGUUUACUUGCUAGUUUUUAGGAUGUUUUCAUAUUAAAAUUAAUUCUCUGCUGUCUGAAGCACCAAUACUUAUUAAUUUCUUACUUUUUUAAAAAAAAUUUAUUAAACAAUUUAUAGAUAACAUUUUGCUGCUGCAGAAAUCCCAGAAUCAUUUAUUUAACAAUGACAUGUGUAAAUGUGGUUGCCCUCGAGUGGAAUGCGCGUAAGUGGGUGUGGGUGUAUGUAAUCCUACUAAAGGUCCCAUCUGGAUAUCAAGUAAUCUUCUAUAAAAAGUAGCUGCAAUUCCUUUUUCUCCUACCCUGGUAAAAUAUUAUUGCAGAUUCAAAGCUAGUUAGGGCCCUACAAGCAUCGGUUCAACAACAGAAUGAGCCAGCUGACCUUUAUGUACCCAGCCAAGCUCUCACUAUCCAAAUCUGUUCUAUUGUAACUGGAGAGCAAUGCCCACUAAAAGAAAUCUCUUAAACAAACUGUCCUUUUUAUCCUAGUUAAUGUUUUGCUUCAGGAUAACGGCAGCUAGGCCUGGAUAGUAUUGCAAAGGGAUUAAUGGAGAACAAACCAGGGAAAGACAGGACUGCUAUGAAUGCUAUAUUGUAAGCGUGGCUUUUGUAAAUGGAUUCUGUAUUUGUUUGAGCAUGCGAGUUCCACAUUGGCUAAAAUGGUAAUCCCACAAUGGAUCACAGCCCGAACUCUGAAGCACCGAUAUUGUAACAGUUCUAAUUAUAUUUAUUCAAAACAAUAUAGUUUUAUUAAAGCAACACAUUAAUCUUUUCUUUAACUUUUGAAAUUUGCUUUCCUUAAAUAUUUUAAAAUUGGCAAAAAUGAUUUUUUUGGUAUUUGAAAACAUAAUUCCUUUAAUCUAUCUUUCUUUCUUUCUUUCUUUCUUUCUUUCUUUCUUUCUUUCGCAUUGCAGAAUUGGCAUUUGUAUAGUGCAUUAAAACACUUCACUUAUGUGAUCUUAGUAAUCCUUAUGGCAGCUUUAUAGGGAUGUCUGUUAUUGUCUUCAGCUUGCAGGUGAGAAUGCUGAUUGUGAGAGAUAGUAGCAUGCCCAAGGCUACUAAGAGUCCAACCGCAUGAUACAUAAAAUUUGUGAAUACAUAUUUCACAUACAGGCAAUGACCGUUUUACACUUAUCCAAGUCUGCGACUGCGCAUGUGUUCAUUCCACGACCUGGAAGUGGCCAGAAAAGGGGGCAAGGCAGACCGUAACCCCCAUGCAAAAAACCCAUACCUAUUUUUAAACACGGGGAGGUGUGCGUGUCAUAAUUGGGACUAUGCCGUGUAGCAGGUGUGUUUUUAACUUUUUCCUCCCGUAUCAUGGUCCCAAAGCUACUGAUCUCCAGCGUGAAGCUUUCAUUGACAUCUAGUCUGACCAUUAGAGGUUUGAAUAAAGAAUCCAUAAAUAACACUGAAUUCUGUUCUCUUUCUUCCCCCCCCCCCCCACAGGUCGUUCUUCCCUCUUUCCAAUAGAUGAUGGCUUACUGGAUGAUGGUCAUAGUGACCAAGUAGGCGUGUUGAAUUCACCUACAUGCUAUUCUGCUCAUCAGAAUGGAGAACGGAUAGAACGUUUCUCUCGGAAGGUGUUUGUUGGUGGUCUUCCUCCAGAUAUUGAUGAAGGUGAGUUGCUCAAUUGGGGAGGGGGGGGUCUUGGAAAAACAAAAUAGAUAUGGAAUUGAUACUGCGAUCCUAUAUGCACUUACCUGGAAGUAAGCUUUACUGAAAUCAAUAAGAUUAACUUCAAAGUAAACUUUAUAGCACAUGGUCCACUCUCCCAAAGGAACAAACCACCCUUAGUCUCUUGCCUCUAGAUGGUAGCAGGGCAAGCUUGCCCCUUCCAAGAGCAGGAAUGCAGUUGGUACAAACAGUUUAAAAAUAAAGCAUUACUGCUUUUGUAUUGUCUUUCCAUGUUUUUGAAAGAUAUAUCAAUAAAAGUAUGUCUAUAAGAGUUUGGUUUUCAAGGCUCUGAAAAGCUAGUUUAAUUAUAGUUUCAUAUUUUAAAUAAGUGAGGCCAAAAAAGCUUUGAAAACGGGCACCUCGUUUCAAGUUGGUCCCAGACCCCCCUUAAAAUGGGGUCUAUCCUCCCUGCCAAUUCCUUCUUUAACCUUUACAAUCAACCCCCUCAAAUCCUCUUCCUUUGCAAAGGCUGCAACUAUUCUGCCGGACUGGGGGUCCUCUUCACUUCCGCUUGUCCCAUUCCUAGGAAGCACAAUAAGUUUUCUGCUUGUCCCAUGCUUUGUAGGCAUGGUUUUUCAUUUGUCCCGCCGCUUUCCCUGGGAAAACCCAUUCUUUACCAAUGAAUCAAAACAUGCAUCGAUCCACAGAAAAACGAAUUGAUAUUUGUUCCAAUUUAAUGGUAAACAGAAGUGGGCUUUCCUGGGGGAAGUGGUGGGGGAAGCGUAACUGUUACAAAUUCCAUACAGUACUCCUGCGCUCAGGAGCAUUGUCUCAAGCUCCUGCCAGCGUGGUCUACUGUGAGCCACCUCUACCUUCAGUUACCCAUCUCUCUUUUACAAAGGCAAGUAGAUGCUUUUACUCGUGAGAGGUCGAUGGGCUUCUGUGUGUGGAAAACCAUCCGGGGAUUUGCAAGCAAUCAUUUUAAAUGCAGUGUUCAAAGAUUGUUCAACGGGAAUGUUUAGUAAACCCAAAUGGUUCCAUGGAAGAGAGUUCACACAGAACUACUUUCAAUGCGAGCCAUUUAAAAUUACAUUAUGUUAAAGGUAAAGGACCCCUGACCAUUAGGUCCAGUUGCAAACGACUCUGGGGUUGCAUGCUCAUCUCGCUCUAUAGGCCGAGGGAGCUGGCGUUUGUCCACAGACAGCUUCCAGGUCAUGUGUCCAGCAUGACUAAACCAACAAACACACAAAAUGUAACCGGCUGUGCAUUCACAUAAACAAUUAUCUUCUGUAUUUUUAUCACAGUUUCAAAUACUUCUCUUGCACAUAAUCAACACAUAAAGUAGAACAAUGUAAACAGAAGUCCCAAUAGAUCAGUUCAUUCAUAGAGUCCAAAUAUCUGCUAGUUUCUGUUCCACAUAUGUCUUUGUAUGUUCAUAAAAUCCAAAUGGAAAUUUACUACAGUUCCACAGAAUCUUGACAAGGAUUUCCAGAAUAAUGCCUUGUUUCCCCCUCCUGGGCUUCAUCAAUUGUAUUUUACAUAACGCUAGGUUUGAUGUUGUUCAGCAUGACUAAGCUGCUUCUGGUGAACCACAGCAGCGCACAGAAACACCGUUUACCUUCCCGCCGGUGUGGUACCUAGUUAUCUACUUGCACUUUGUGCUUUUGAACUGCUAGGUGGGCAGGAGCAGGGACCGAGCAGCGGGAGCUCACUACGUUGCGGGGAUUCGAAUCGCUGACCUUCUGAUCGGCAAGCCCUAGGCUCUGUGGUUUAGACCACAGAGUCAGCCGUGUCCCCUACAUUACGUUAGACUUAAUUAAAUGGUUCACAAGUAGCUGUGGAAAAUGUUAAGAAAGGAAAUGCAGGCCAAUACAGUUACUCAAUUAUUUGCAUCAAUUUUUUUAGAUGAAAUUACUGCUAGCUUCAGACGAUUUGGACCUCUGGUCGUUGACUGGCCUCACAAAGCAGAAAGUAAAUCCUACUUUCCACCUAAAGGUAUUGCUUUUCUGAGUUCUUCACUCCAUAUAAGGCAGUUUUUGAAGAGACUUGAAGCUCGUUCACAUGUGAGCCAUGCUUCCCUCUAUUCUUUAUCUGUACAUGAUUGUGUGGUGACUUGGGCAGUACACAUAACAAAGUGCAGCAUCCAUUACUAUAUUUAUAGUAGCUAGAGAAAAGUGUCAACACACUUGUGAAAGUGACUGCUGAUGACUGCAGUUAGUCUCAAUAUGUAGCCCAGUUCAUCAUAUAGUUUCUCCACAAAUUUACAUACAGACGCUGUUUCCAGUUUGUGAACUAGCCCUCAAAGCCUGUAUAUCAUUUCUCUGUAUGAGAGGUAACACUGCAUGCUGCUAUGGGAGCAGGAGCAAGGUGUAUUUCAUUCCUUACCAGAAUAAAGUGACGGUCUUAUGUCAUACUAAAUUAAAUUACUUUCCUUACUUUUAAUAUACCACAUGACAAUUCAACAGAAGACAUGCUCCUACUCAAACAAAACCAAACUUAUUUGUAGUACACCCAAAAAGUAAAGGUAAGUAUAUUCACUCAUAAGAAAAAAAUCCAAAACCAAUAUUAGGACCUUUGUUAGGUAAACUAAAAUGUCGCAAAAUAGUGUGCAAGCUUCAAACCCUCCUGAUGGGGAGCACAGGUAUCCAUCUCUACAGCUGCUCAGUAGCUAUGGACUAUAUUCUUAAAAAAUACAGUGGUACCUUGGAUGUUGAACUUAAUCUGUCCUGGGAGUCCGUUCGACUCUCGGAACUGUUUGAAAACCAAGGUGCAGCUUCUGAUUGACUGCAGGAGCUUCCUGCACUCAAUUGGAAACUGCGUAAGCCCCAUCGGACAUUCAGUUUCCCCCAAACAUUCAGAACACUCACUUCUGGGUUUGCGGCAUUCGGGAGCCAAAACGUCCAAGUACCAAGGCAUUCAACAACCAAGGUCCGACUGUAUCAGGCCCUGGAAAUAGCUAUUCCCAAAGGGGCCAUAGUCCACUCAGGGUGACAUCCAGCCACUUCUGCAGCAUAUAGAAGUUCUCUGUAGAGUCAGUUUACAAGGGAGUCCCAUUGAAGUCUUUCAUCCAUUUACUGAACAUUAUUAGAUGGAAGAGAAUGAAUGAGUCAACACAGCCUUUGAAAUAAGCACAGUCAGUGUUGUUGGUAUCUUCCCUAUUAUAGUAUGGUAUGUACUACUUUUCUACAGCCCAUGUGUAAACAGAGGAAGUAAAAAUGUGAGAUUACCUUGUGAAUUCCCUCUCUAUGGUUCUGAGGUGGGGCAGUCUACCCACCCUGAAAACUCAGAAAAGGCAGAAUAUGUGUUGCUUGAGAGCCUACUCUCUUCAGUUGUUCACUUCCCAGAAGUUUUAAAACAUGGCCUGGGAUCUCAUCAGGUAGCUUCAAUGCUGGUAUGAAAACUUUGCAGGUCCCCAUUCUCCUGAACACCCACCUGAAACAGUGGAGUGUUGGAUAGCAGGGCAAGGGAAACUCCUGUAUGCACAUGGAAACAUACAUAUGGAGUCCUUUGGUUUUUGGUCAUACUUAAGAAUAUCUUAACGAUACUCAAGCCUUUUCCCCUCUGUGCUGUUCAGGUUAUGCAUUCCUUCUUUUCCAAGAGGAGACCUCUGUUCAAGCACUGAUUGAUGCCUGCAUUGAAGAAGAUGGAAAGCUUUAUCUGUGUGUUUCCAGCCCUACCAUCAAGGACAAGCCAGUAAGUGAACCUAACAUGGCUAACUGUCAUUGUAUGAAGGCUGCUUCCAAGAGGAUGGUGAUGAAAAUAGCUAGAAGCAAGUUGUUACUUAGGGCCAGCAUUUGAUGUGUCUGUUUUUCCCCCUUCAACAAUAGCAGUGGUGGAGGGUUAGCAGGAUCGCUACUGCAGGGAAGAAGGUUAAUCCUCCUCAGAUCCCUGCAGUGGUUCUGCUAGAAUUUUCAUAACUGUUUUGAUUCUUGGACCCAAACAUCUGGAUAUAUUCAGUUGAUAUAAAAAGUUCAGUACCUUGAAUAUUGAAAGACAGCAACUAAACAAGCUGAUCUUAUCAGGGCUCUCCAAUCACAGUGAAGUAAUACAUCAACCCUGUUCUUGUCUGUUCUGUGCUCUUUGGUAGUUCUGCUAGAGGUGCUUGCAUGCAAAAUGCUGCAUGUUCAAGUCCUUCUGGUUCUGCCCCUGCCACAUGCCCCUACAUGUUCAACAUGCAGCAUGUUAAAUCAGAUUUGUAUUUAGUUCCUGACUUUAAAGCCAGUGAGCAGGACACAAAAAAGACUGGAACUGUUUAUAUAUUUUUUCAUUCAACACCAUUCCUUAGUUGUCUACACUUAUCCUUCUGAGAUCCUUUCAAUCAAAUGUAAAGGUGCCUAGCUCUAAAUAUCCUGCACCAAUCCUUCUGAAAUUUAGCAGUACAGUGGUACCUCGGUUUAAGUACUUAAUUCGUUCUGGAGGUCCGUUCUUAACCUGAAACUGUUCUUAACCUGAAGCACCACUUUAGCUAAUGGGGCCUCCUACUGCCGCCGCGCCUCCAGAGCAUGAUUUCUGUUCUCAUCCUGAAGCAAAGUUCUUAACCCUAGGUACUAUUUCUGGGUUAGCGGAGUCUGUAACCUGAAGCAUAUGUAACCUGAAGCGUAUGUAACCCGAGGUACCACUGUAUUUAUCUCCUCGGAACGAGCUACUAUGCUAGCAAAUUUCAUCUAAUAUGGCAAAAAAGAAAUAAAAAAUUAUAGAGGGUUGUUUUUAAAAUUAAUAUUUUAAAAGCACCCUGUACCUGUUAGUCUGUAGUUUGUCAGGUUUUGUUCACUGAGAUGGGACCAGUAUGAACCAGUGUGAUGUAUAGUGGUUUGAAUAUUGUACUAGGACCUGGGAGUCCCAAGGUCACUCAACCAUGAAACUCGCUGGGUUACCUAAAAUGAGAAGGGGGAGACCAAGUAUACCAUCGUCAGCUCCUUGGAGGAAGGGUAGGACAUAAAUGUAAAUAACAAAAACAAAUAAAUAAAUAUCUCUAAAUUUCAUUCAGUUCUGUCUAAAAUAGGAGAAUGUGGAGCUAUUCAUUGAUUUCUCCAUUAUAGUCAGUGAGGAGAGACAAAGGCUCAGGUUUUCUAAACCAGAGGUCUGAUUUGAACCCAGUUGAAGCCAAAUUAAACCAUUUUUUACAGCACCAAAUCAGGGCUCAAACCAAAUCUUCUAGCCAGUGCAUACCCCUUGGUUACUGUUUUCAAAGCUUAAAAAGGUAAAGGACCCCUGACAGUUAAGUCCAGUCGCGAAUGACUCUGGGGUUGCGGUGCUCAUCUCGCUUUACUGGCCGAGGGAGCCGGCGUUUGUCCGCAGACAGUUUUUCCGGGUCAUGUGGCCAGCAUGACUAAGCCGCUUCUGGCGAAACCAGAGCAGCGCAUGGAAACGCCGUUUACCUUCCCGCCGGAGCAGUACCUAUUUACCUACUUACACUUUGUUAUGCUUUCAAACUGCUAGGUUGGCAGAAGCUGGGACUGAGCAACAGGAGCUCACCCCGUCACAGGGAUUCGAACCUUCCGACCAGCAGGCCCUAGGCUCGGUGGUUUAGACCACAGCGCCACCCGCAUCCCUUUCAAAACUUAUACAAGCAUUUAAAGCCCUUCAUUUCUUAAUGAUGCCCACAGCUUUGAUUGAUGGCAGAUACUCUCAUACCUCCUUGGCACUCCUCUUGUGUAUUUGCAGGGCCCCAGAUAUUGAGGAUCUAUUAGUUCUUUUAUUCACUUUACUCUGAGCCAAAAACCAAAUUUCUGGGAUCUAUUCUGCCUCAUCUAUAUUCCAUACCAUUCCAGAAAAUACCUCCUGUGAGACACCAGUUGUAGGGUAACCCACAAGGUCUCUCUUUUUGCCCUAGCAGCAAUGAAAAUCCAGGCAAUAAUUAUUAAGGAGAUUGCAGUUGACUGCUUUGGAGAUGCUCUUGUUUAACCUUAAUAUAUUUUAAUAAUGUUUUUAAUCUGUGUUAAAUUUUACUCUUUCAAUUUGUAAGUUCUAUAUAUGUUACUGUGAUUUAUGUAGUAUUGUGAAGAUGUAGGUUUUAUGUAUGAUUCUGGGUAGCACAGUGGUUUUAUACAGUAUUUUAUACUGUUAGGUUUUGUACUGAACCUAUUUAUAUUGCAUGUGAAUGACCUGUGUCCCAAGCAUUAAUAAACUACAUCUACAUCUAGUGAAAACUUUAUAUGCAAAUCUAUUCUUUGUUGUUUUAAUAGGUCCAGAUCCGUCCCUGGAACUUAAGUGAUAGUGACUUUGUGAUGGAUGGUUCUCAGCCUCUUGAUCCCCGAAAAACAAUUUUUGUUGGUGGUGUCCCCAGGCCAUUACGAGCUGGUAAGUAUAGAACUGUUAAAGCACUGUAGCAAAUUUUAACAUUGCACUAUCAUUGCAUUAUUUUAAACACACAUACCACCCUUGUUCACAAGCUAGCUUAAUUGUAGUACAGUACUUUGAUUUCAGCCAACAACAGGCCACGUAACAAAGACACAAACAGGAAGACCAGACUGUGCAGUAAACUGAGAUCCCAGUGUUCUCCUCUGAUCUGCCCUGGUGACACUAUUACAGAACAUAAGCCACAGCAUCAAGAGUUCAUAUACCUUCUCAUCGUUUGAAGUGACAUAGGCCAUCACCUGCCAGCAAUGUUCUUCUGCUCUCUGCAUAAAACAAGCAGAUCUAUCUCCGUGCAAAAGAAUAAGUGGAUGCAAAUCUGACAUUUUGGUAAUAUCCAGAAAUGACUAGGUGAACAGUUCAGUCUACCAGGAAACUGUGUAACUGACCUCAAGAUAACCAUUUUUGAACAAAGACAAUUGAAAAGGAAACUCCACUGAGAGAAUCAGAUGGAUUAAAUUUAUUAGGCAAAUCAGUUCUGUCACCUAUGGCUUGAAUCAAGAUUAUACUUUUUUUUAAAAGCUACAUAUGACAGAGUACCAAUACCAGGAUGCAUGUGCUGUUACUUACACUGCCUCGUUAAUUGGUCACUAACUAUUUUCCUUUUAUGUACCGUAUUUUUCGUUCUAUAGGACGCACCGGUCCAUAGGACGCACCUCGUUUUUUUGGGGGAAAUGAAUUAAAAAAAUUAUCCCCCGCGGCUGCCGCCCCAAGCCUCGCGUGCUUCGGGCGGCAGGCUGCCUCCCAAGCCUCGCGCGCUCGGCGGGACCUCCCACCGGGCGCGCGAGGCUUGCAGACACUCGCCCGAGCACGGGAGCCCUCCGGAGGGCUCCCGUGCUCGGGCGACAGACUGCCGCCCCAAGCCUUGCGCGCUCGGCGGGACCUCCUGCCAGGCGCGCAAGGCUUGCAGACACUCGCCCGAAGCACGGGAGCCCUCCAGAGGGCUCCCCGUGCUCGAGCGACAUGCUGCAGCCCCAAGCCUUGCGCGCCAGGCGGGACCUCCUGCCGGGCGCGCAAGGCUUGCGGACACUCGCCCGAGCAAGGGAGCCCUCCGGAGGGCUCCCGUGCUCGGGCGACAGCUGCAGCCCCAAGCCUUGCGCGCCGGGCGGGACCUCCUGCCGGGCGCGCAAGGCUUGCGGACACUCACCCGAGCACGGGAGCCCUCCGGAGGGCUCCCGUGCUUCGGGCGACAGCUGCAGCCCCAAGCCUUGCGCGCCGGGCGGGACCUCCUGCCGGGCGCGCAAGGCUUGCGGACACUCGCCCGAGCACGGGAGCCCUCCGGAGGGCUCCCGUGCUCGGGCGACAAGCUGCAGCCCCAAGCCUUGCGCGCCGGGCGGGACCUCCUGCCGGGCGCGCAAGGCUUGCGCACACUCGCCGGGGCUGCAGGCUGCUGCCUGCAAGCCUUGUGAGCCCGCGGGAACUCCCACCGGGCUUGCAAGGCUUGCGGAUAGCUCCUGAAGCCUGGAGAGCGAGAGGGGUCGGUGCGCACCGAUGCCUCUCGCUCUCCAGGCUUCAGCGAAAGCCUGCAUUCGCUCCAUAGGACGCACACACAUUUCCCCUUCAUUUUUGGAGGGGAAAAAGUGCGUCCUAUGGAGCGAAAAAUACGGUAAUAGUCACUGCCUGUUCUUUUUGCAUUUCAUUUACUCCUAUACAUUUCCCCCACCCCAUCUGUUUGCCAUUUUAGAAUUAUGCUUCAUGUAUUAGAUGUGGUGCUUUGUGGUCCACAAAAGCUUAUGCCAUAAUAAAUUUGUUAAUCUUAAAAUGCGUCAAGUUACUUUCACAUAUUGUCAGGUACUGUUAAAGAGCUAUUAGUAGGCAUUCUCAUAAGUGUUUGCUAGGGAUGUGCUAUCAAACAGGUGCUUGUGUCAGUGCUUUUUGGCUGCACCUUGUGGGCCAACUUUGAAAGGUGAACAAGGCAGCCCCCUUGUCAAUCAUUUGUCAUCACAAUUUACUGAUAGGCCACGCCCACCUAUGAAAAUCCGGACAUCAAAGGUUGAAAGGGGAAUGUGGGAAGGCUUGCAAGGCCCUCCCCGUGCUGAUACUUGCAAAAAGCCAAAUGGGGAAAACUGGCAGGACAAGUUAGGCCCACAGUUUGAAUGUUCCCACUCCAGUAUAGAUUAACUCAGAAGAAACAGUAGGUUAAAUGUAGUAAAUGCAUGGAUUGGAUUAAUACAGUUGCUUAGCUAUGGAUUCUACAUAUAUAAUGGAUCAAGUGUGCCUAUCCCCAGUUUCCACACUCUUCCCUUCACAUUUCUGGCACAGAUGCACUCUACAUGGGUUCACUUUGCAUGAAUAUCAUUGUGUAAAGUAGGUCUGCAUGUGAAUGAUGGAAUACAUAUAGCACUUAUAACCAUGUGAGCUGGCCCUGAACGAAAGCUACUUUUCAGCUCAGCUUUUUUAAUAGGUAGUUCUGGGUAAAAUAAUUGUGUCUUGAAACCAAAUCUUCUUUGGUUGGCAUGGGUACAAGCACAAGUUUGUACCAUAAAGACUAUAGCAAAUACCUCGUGGGAUCAAAACCACGCAGUCCUAAAACCCUUCUCAUCACUGCAGGUUAUUGCUAGCAGUUGAACAAAAAUAACUGCAACAAAAUGUCUAGACAUUUACUUCUGCCUGUAGUAGGCAGCAUGAAAUGCCACUGGUAAACCUGUCUCCUUCUGUCUGCAAAUUGCUAUUUGUGCAAUACUGUUGCACCACAGUGGGUGUUAUCCCCCUUGCUAACACAACAGCACUGCAAGCAGGUGUUGCCUGGUGCAGUAGCCUUGUACAGUACAAGUUGCCCUUUUGUCCCACCGCUGCUAGCUUAACUCUUAAUUCUAGGCACUGUUUUUGCUGUUCAGCAAACCACAGAAUCCAUGGCUUAUGGGUUUUCCCAUCCCAUAAUCCAUUAUAGUUUAUAAAUAUGUGUCCCAUUUAAAGUAUAUCAACUUAGUUUAAUGUUACGGCAAUGUUUUUUCUUCUUCUGUAGUGGAAUUAGCCAUGAUAAUGGACCGUCUGUAUGGUGGAGUUUGUUACGCAGGAAUUGAUACAGAUCCUGAACUCAAAUAUCCAAAAGGUGCUGGGCGAGUUGCUUUUUCCAAUCAGCAGAGCUACAUUGCUGCUAUUAGUGCUCGGUUUGUUCAGCUUCAGCAUGGUGAUAUUGAUAAACGAGUAAGUUGUAUCAAGUUAAUAUCAAUCAUGACAUUGUUGUAUUUCAUAGCAACUAUUAUUUUCUAUGGGACCAACUGGACAGACUGCAUUUUGAAAAGCAUAUGAGGGUCUAAGCAUGGGAGGGGGCACUUUACUUGGGUGCAAAGUCAAAGGGUGUAUGUGUGUGCGCAUGUGCACAGCCUGGGCUGCAAGCCAGUUGCCGUUAAGAGAAACUUACUGCCUAGUGUCUGUGUGGGAUGUCAGGAUCUUACAAGAUGUUAAGAUUAACUGGCUCUAAUCAAUUGAAGGGUUAAUAUCCCUCCCAUGGUGCCAUAGACCUGCUCCAGAACUUGGAACUGCAUUUGCUCUUACAUGGUGCUUUUCUUCUAGAAAAGUAAGUGCUGGUACUCACCAUGAAGUUGUUACAGUAAGAGUCACAUCUUUUAACCAAAGAAAGAGAGGUGCUGGUACUGCAUAUCCUUGAGUACCCCCUGAAAAAGCACUGCUCUUACAAAACACACACACACACACACACAUGCCAAUUAUAUAUCUCCACUGCCCUAUCUUUUAAUAUGUUUCCUGCUACAUAGCGUGUUUCCGUCCAAUAUCAUCAACAUGUGAUUUCAAUGAACGUGUAGAUGAUUCCUGAAGCAUUCAGCAUGUUUUUCCAGAGAGACAUUCAUUCCAGUGUUCAGUUGGUGAACCUUCAACAACAGCUGGGGAAAUUUCCAGUAGGGCAGCAGCCCUUGCCCUCCCAAAAUAAGUCACAGGUCCCUGUCUACUGUCUCUCUGCAGGUUAUUCAAGUCAAGCUAGACCUUGCAGUAACAUUGCCAAGAGGAGAAUAAAUCAAUCUCCCUAUGCAGUAGUUCCAGUUCCUCUGGUUUCUUGAAAACCUCUCUUCUCUCUGAACCAUAUGGUGCUUAUUUUAAUUUCUUGUGUAUUAGAAGUCACUUUGAUGGACACUGAGCCACAAGGUGGUUCAUAUAUGAAUAAAUGCAUGAUUCAUACAAAAAAGCCAAAAGUGGACAGUCAGUCAGAAAUUAUCUCUGUCAAGCUUUGAUAAUUGAAUAUUUAUCUCAAGGGGAUUCUUACCUAUGUUUUGUGUUCAACCUAUAUUUGGGCAACAUUUGGAUUUGAUUUCGUUAUGUAAGAAGUUGUUUAGUGAAAACAUUGACUAGCAUGACAAGAAGCAAGUCGAAGGCGGGGAGGGGUUGCCACAGUAAGAUCUCUGGCAGCAGAGUGCCUGAGAUAGAUAACGGAAGGUCUUAGUUGGUCUAGAUCAUCUGAUCAUGUCAAUCAGCAACAAACAGUGACUUACAAAAUCUGAGCAACACAGAGAUUUUGGUGCCAGAAAAGCUACACCGAGGUGAAACUGUAUCCCGAAUACAAGUCUCACCAAACAAGGUUUCCAAAACUUCUGUGUACAUUGGCCCCUUGGUGAGCUUAUAAAAUGGUUGUCGACCCCAAUCCAAAUUCUUAGGAAUAUCUUUGAGAGUUUGAAUGGGCAAAUAGCGCAUUGUACUGACUGGCGUGUGUCAAAUGCCUACAUAUGUUUGAUCUGUACCGGUUCGUCACACACCCUCACCACACUGAUUUUCCAUGUAUUUGCAAAAAUUGAAGGAACAAAGUCCACUUAUGUUGAGGAGUAUGCUUUUAGGUCUCACACAGGUGGGAUUGUAUGGACACUGAGUUCAGCAAGGAGUCAGAGCCAGCAUGCACAAUGCCACCCCCUUCACACACACACCAAUUCUACUUCGAUUGAAAGUCUAAACAUGUACAUAAAUCAUAUUGUGAAAGAUACACAGGAACAAUCAACUUUUGGGGAGUUCUCAGUUUAAUUUAUUUGUGGGAAACUAUUGGUCAUCACAGAAUACGUCAAUUUAAAUAAAAGCUGUUUUUAGAAACUUGUAACAUCUAGUUUUUAAAAGAUUAUAUUCAGAUAUACUAACCUUUUGCAAAAUUAGUAAGGAUUUCUCAGUGCCCUCCCACAAGUGCUUUGGGUACAUGUGUUGCCAGUGACAAGCUAACAGCCACACCAUGUUAACCCAAAAGGGCACCAUCUAUGUGAAGGCUGCGCAUUAUGCUGUUGGAAAGUCUUCUUUUGUAAACCCACCCAUAUAAUUUGAAAUGGAUGUUCUUCACAUUAUAUCCGGGUAUUUCAAGAAUCUUCAGUAUACAAGGUGUAGUUUGAAGUUAAGUCACUUGAAACAAAUAACAUCUUUUCACAGCUGCAUUCCGCUAUCAAGGUUUUUACAAUGAUUCAGUACAGUUUGCAGCAACAGUUUACUUCAACUUUUGUAAACUCUUGGUUUAUUCACUGUAUAAGGGACAAAAGAGAAACAUGAAGUGUCUUCUUUAAAAAAUAUGUUGAACUGUUUUUUGUUACGGGGUUCCGAUUUCUUCCUUAACACAAUCUGUUACAGUUCAGCAGCAAGCACUGGUCUCAUGGAAAUUAGGCACUGGACCUCUGCCAUUUUUCCAUUUGCGCAGGCAGAUUUGUUGAGGAGGAAAACAGUAUGCAAGACUGGUUGGUGUCUCUCUGGCAGCCUGAAAAUCCACACUGAACCUUAGCAGACACCUUUAUAAAAACAUGCUGAGAAAUAGCUGGCAGUGUUAGAAUGAAGAUGCUGGGGCUACCAAAGCACCACCAAUAAGUAAACAAGAACAUAUAUUGGAAAAUUGUUUAUUUAAAAUGAUUUCUUUCAAAAAAAAAAUCUCAGGGCAAUUCACAACAAUAUAAAAAUACAUUAAAAUACAGCAGCAUUUGCAGGGCAGACACAACAAGCUGGCAUUAAUGAACAGCAAAGGCCUGGGAUUAUUUUAAGGCUUUUAGCAAAUAGAACAUAAACACCUCACCCACCUACAAUGCUACUGAAUCUUUCCUAGAGUGGUCAGGUAAAGAAUAAACAAGUUAGCCAAGGAAAGAAAAUGAUCCAGAACUACUUGAUGCAACUACAACUCAAGUAAGAAAAGGAUAACAUCCAUCCUACAUAUUUCUUCUUUGCAUAGAUAAAAUAUAACAUUUUAAUCCUGUCUCUUGUUAGGAUUUAAUUAGCAGAAGUUUUAAUAAGAUCUCUACAUUUCUGACCAUUGGUGGAGUCUAUUAACACUUUCACAUUUAGUCUGCAAGCAUAAUGUGUGAAAAAUCCUUCAGUAUCAAAUGCAAUGUUAACUAUAUAUAGUUCCUUUUGAUUCAUAAAUAUUGGUAGUUGAAGAAUAUCUAUGAUGUUACUUUCUCAGCUGUUAUUUACAGCUGUGACUACAUCAUCAAGGUGGACACAGUUACAUUAUUUAGUUAUCUAUUCAACCAAUUAAUUCACUAAACUCUUUUGGAAAGGUAUUUCUAUAAUAGAACGUGUUCCAGAAAAAAUGUUUCUUGGACUUAGGAGAUGUUUAAAUUAUUUCCUCACCAAAAGACAUUUCUAUUUGGCGGGGGGGGGGGCAUCUGCAAUGCAAACACUAAAUCAAUAAACAAUUGUAAUUAAGCUGUCAGUUUUGUAAUACUUCUAAAAAUGUGGGGUUUUUUAACCCAAAAUUAAAAGGGGAGGUUUUCAAGCAAAAUGGAAAGUUUUGUAGCACAUGGAAAGACCUUUCCAGUGAGAGGGAACACAGUGAACCUGCUCCAAUAGAUACUGAUGAAUUUUGUUCUUUUUUGUGACGGUAGCUACCUUGAUGAUGAUGUCAUAUUUUUCAACCACAAAGAUUUAUUAAAUGAGUGACACAAUCCAUAUACACUUCAGGGUCAUUUAAAUAAGUAAAUAUUUUUUGAACAAAAACUCAACAUUAGAGUCAUAUACUCACAAUUAUAAAUUUGGUUCACGUGUGUGUGUGCAUGUUCACAGCACAUCUUCACAAUUUGUUGAUAGUUGUAUAUUGGACUAGGAUUCUGAAUAGAUUAACUUUAUUAUACAUACAUAGUGAACCCUAGUUAAAACCCAUUUGCCAGGGGGGGUGUCAUUUUUCACUUAUUUGCUUUGAUUUCCUGGCUCUGAUUUUUACUGUAAACUCUCUAAUUUUAUAAUCUAUAAAACGAUUGCAAAAGUGCCUGGCAAAAUUUGAGAGGGCAAGCCAAAUUGUUUGCUGAUAAUUUUUUACUUCUUCAUUUUAAGACCCGAGUCCAGAUGUAAUACUAUACAUCUUCUUUGCUUCUCACUACUAUCCCUAUUUCCCACAAAAAAACAACCCUCGAGGCCUGGUGUGAUGAAGUGGAUCAGUUGUUAAAUUUGAAAUAAGGGUUGCAUCAGCAUGAAGCUCACUAUAUUAACUUGGGCCAGCCACUAUCUAAUAUAACUUAACUGAUGUGCACCGUCCUCGUGGGGCGAGCUCCUUUAUGCCACCCAGAUUUCCCUGGAGAAAAGAAAGGAUACAAAUUUAACAACGAUAUGUGAAGCUAAUCCGAUCGCUUGUCCUCUUGUGCGCUUGUUUCUUAAACAGGUGGAGGUGAAGCCAUAUGUGCUGGAUGACCAGAUGUGUGACGAAUGCCAGGGCGCACGGUGUGGUGGAAAGUUUGCUCCCUUUUUUUGUGCCAAUGUCACUUGCCUGCAGUAUUACUGUGAGUUUUGCUGGGCGAAUAUCCACUCUCGGGCAGGACGUGAAUUCCAUAAGCCAUUGGUUAAGGAAGGGGCUGACCGCCCGCGCCAGAUCCACUUCCGCUGGAACUGAGCCUGCUUCUCCAGCAUCUCCUUAAGGAACAAAGGGUGCAUGUGGCUUACCGUGUUUGAAGAUACUGACAUGCAGAAGAAAUAAGUGCAUUCUUCUGCUUCUCACCCCGACUCUCAAUACAUGCAUCUUUUUCAGCAGCCAAAACACUACAAAGCCUCUUGUUUUUCACCAAAACCCUACAUCUCAGGCUUAAUAAUUUUUGUGAUAUUUUCAUGUUAAAAUAAAAAAAAAUGUUUUUUUGUAUUUUCUCCAACUUAUUUUUAUAUGUAAAAUUAAAACUAGAUAUGAGAAUGUUUUUGCAUAGGGGCACACUGUCUGCUGCUAUAUUUAGUGGGUGAAGCGUGCACUUAUUUCUAAACAUGGGUUUUUAACUUCAAGAUCUGCCCUAGUAAUUUACCAAAGGUAGCAAAAAUAGUGAAGAUGGGAUAUGUCUGCUACAAAAAAGCUUAUUUUUAUUGUUGUUGCUAUUUUCAGUGUAUACAUCGAUUAAAAAAAAUAGGGUUGAUUUUUUGCUCUCCAUUUUGACUUGCAAGAAAUAAUACCUCAAGAUAAUCUGAUUUAUUAGCUAUUUUUAAACAUUUAUAAUCACAAGCUGUAUUAGCUUUGCUGCUAUAUAGGUGUUGUGUGUAAUGCCACCUAUUAAUACGGGAUUAAAACGUUUUAAGAUACACUGCAUUGCCGAUUAAAAUGCAGGCAGCACAAUAUGGCAUAAAGUGCCAUAGUUUUAGAAUGUGAAAAAUUGCAUGUUUACUUACCUGUAUACACCAUUUGCAUGCACUAGAUCUAACAAGAGGUGAGUUAUUGAAAAUGUUUUUUUAAUGCUCUGAAAUCUAGAUAGCAUGAGCAAACCGCAAAAUUUGUAACAAAAGACACUUGCAUGCAUUAUUGUGACUCAAGUUUUUUUUCUCUAAAAAUGUCCUACAUGUGUACAAUAUGCAAACUAGUUUUAGAUUAGAAAGUGCAGCCAUUUUGUGACCUGGUUGGUAGUGGAAUUCAAUUUUUGCAGACUGGAUGUAAUAUUGUAAUCCCUGUGCAACUUUGUGAUGUGUGGUUCUAAUUAGUGUGGAGUGGUGUAGCUUAGACACGUUUGAGCAAAAUUACUAGAUUUUUAAAUAGAUUUAUAUUUAUUUCAGCCCUCUUGAUUGUUCACGGUUAAAACUUCCUUUACAAACCAAAGAUGGCCAGCCCACUGCUAACCAGUCACCAAAUGGGAAACUACUGAGAAAUGAGCAUUAAAAUGUGCUCAUACAAGAAAACUUAAUGCUUUAGUAAUAAAAUAAAGUCAAAAUGGAGAUGGUGUAAUAUACAGACAGCUAGUUGCAUAAGCUAAAUCUUACCUUUAAGACAACAGUGAAAUCUGGCUUAAACUGUGUGUGCUUGUUUGACCUUAGGUGCUUUUAAGACUUCUGUCAAACUAGGGUCACUGUUGCAUGAAAUGUAGUUAGUUGACGGACAGUCAAGCAUAGUGUUUUAAUUUUGAUGAAGGAGUUCUAAGUGACGACAUUGCUUGCAAGAUUUUUGAGGGGGUGGGAGGGAGUGGGGCUGUUUCUGGAUUGAAAUGCAAGAAAUUCAUUAGCAGUGUUUUUGUCCUCCACAAAACAUUUAAAUGCAACUAGCCCUUAUGUUUCAAUGGAAGAAAGAGCCACUCUACAGUUUAAGCAAGCACCCAGUGCAGAAUUGAAAGUCUUAUUCCAAGAGAGAAAUUUGCAAGGGUUUUGCCCUUGGCAAUCCCUUGGGGACAAUCCUUCAUGUAAGCAAAGUGUUGCUCUUAUAUUGGUUGUCUGCAAUGUGCUUUUUGGUACUGUUCAAUAUGUGGUUUCAUGUCUAAAUCUGCUGUUUCGUUGUGGUUGUGGUUCAAGUUUUUAAAGUUUUAAAGUUGAUGCUGUUUUAAGAAGAGCUUUUUAACUGAUUUAGUUGUCAGUGUACCCUAUUUGUUACUUAACCAUGAUCCUCCAGAUUUUUUGGAGUAUUCUUUUCUAACCUUAAACCCUGCCAGACCUUGAUCCAUUUUUGACAUUUGUUAUGCACUAUUUUUAUAUCUCUGUGAGAGAUUUUUUUUCCAACUAGUCAGCUAUUUUAAGGCACACUUUUUUUUGACUGACGACAUCUCCUUUGCUAUACCUCAAUUUUUGGAAUUUAGAAAUGAAAAAAAAAAUCAGUAGUUUUGCAAUGUUAAUUAUUUAGAUAUAAUUUAAUUCCGCAGAUGUUUUUAACUUUAUUUUCAUA